AUGCUCCAGUACUUUGGUGGCAGCAUUAAAGACAUGCUCCGGUACUUUGGUGGCAGCAUUAAAGACAUGCCCCAGUACUUUGGUGGCAGCAUUAAAGACAUGCCCCAGUACUUUGGUGGCAGCAUUAAAGACAUGCUCCAGUACUUUGGUGGCAGCAUUAAAGACAUGCCCCAGUACUUUGGUGGCAGCAUUAAAGACAUGCUCCAGUACUUUGGUGGCAGCAUUAAAGACAUGCUCCAGUACUUUGGUGGCAGCAUUAAAGACAUACUCCGGUACUUUGGUGGCAGCAUUAAAGACAUGCUCCAGUACUUUGGUGGCAGCAUUAAAGACAUGCUCCGGUACUUUGGUGGCAGCAUUAAAGACAUGCUCCGGUACUUUGGUGGCAGCAUUAAAGACAUGCUCCAGUACUUUGGUGGCAGCAUUAAAGACAUGCUCCGGAACUUUGGUGACUACUAAGUAUUUUUUACGAAAUCCCUAGUUUGAAAGCGACUGUUUUUCUGGAAGCUGUGCUGCGCCAUUUUCCCUACAUUUUCCCCCACAAUGGCCACCCCCCCUAGCAAUUUCAGUUCAACCAAUGAGCUUCAGCCCCUAGCCAUGUGAGUGACAGCUGGCAAGAUGCACAUCAUGUACACACAGCAGAGCGAGAGAGAGAGCGAUGACAUGGUGCACAUAUCUGCACUUGUGAUGUAGUAAUUUUCGGGGACCAUUUUUGGCUCAUGAGCACUACUUUCAGAACUACUGGCUUAAAAAGUAUACAAAAGUACUGGAGAAUCUCUUUUAACAGUAAAAUAUAUUUAACUACAGUUCUGUCUGCAGCAGUCUCCGAUUCUUGUAGAUAAGAGAGACAAUAUUGAAUAAUUCCUUUUCAAUUACAGUUGAGGAUGUUGAAAGGGAGGUCAGUACAUGGCUGGCUAGAUUGAUUGGGCAUGUACUUGUUGUGUCUGUUCCUUGCCUGUGAUGUUGUGUGGCUCCCUCAGAAAUGGGAGGAAUAACCUCUUGCCCUAGCUAAGCAUGCCUCUCAAAUGGCACCCUAUUCCCUAUAUAGUGCACUACUUUAGACCAGAGCCCUAUGGCACCCUAUUCCCUAUAUAGUGCACUACUUUAGACCAGAGCCCUAUGACACCCUAUUCCCUAUAUAGUGCACUACUUUAGACCAGAGCCCUAUGGCACCCUAUUCCCUAUAUAGUGCACUACUUUAGACCAGAGCCCUAUGACACCCUAUUCCCUACAUAGUGCACUACUUUAGACCAGAGCCCUAUGACACCCUAUUCCCUAUAUAGUGCACUACUUUAGACCAGAGCCCUAUGGCACCCUAUUCCCUAUAUAGUGCACUACUUUAGACCAGAGCCCUAUGGCACCCUAUUCCCUAUAUAGUGCACUACUUUAGACCAGAGCCCUAUGACACCCUAUUCCCUAUAUAGUGCACUACUUUAGACCAGAGCCCUAUGACACCCUAUUCCCUAUAUAGUGCACUACUUUAGACCAGAGCCCUAUGACACCCUAUUCCCUAUAUAGUGCACUACUUUGGACAAGGCUCCAUAGGGCUCAUAGGGCUCUGGUCAAUAGUAGUGCACUACUAUAUAGGGAAUAGGGUGCCAUUUGAGAAUCACUUAACAGGAGAGGUUACAGAGCUUGGCUUGGCUUUCCUUUGUCUCUGGAAAGUUAAUUAAGAGUUGGACCAAAUGAGACAAGAUUUAUUCAUCUGACAGUAUCAGUACAUGAUUAAGAGUUGGACCAAAUGAGACAUGAUUUAUUCAGCUGACAGUAUCAGUACAUGAUUAAGAGUUGGGCCAAAUGAGACAUGAUUUAUUCAGCUGACAGUAUCAGUACAUGAUUAAGAGUUGGGCCAAAUGAGACAUGAUUUAUUCAGCUGACAGCAUCAGUACAUGAUUAAGAGUUGGACCAAAUGAGACAUGAUUUAUUCAGCUGACAGCAUCAGUACAUGAUUAAGAGUUGGACCAAAUGAGACAUGAUUUAUUCAGCUGACAGCAUCAGUACAUGAUUAAGAGUUGGACCAAAUGAGACAUGAUUUAUUCAGCUGACAGCAUCAGUACAUGAUUAAGAGUUGGGCCAAAUGAGACAUGAUUUAUUCAGCUGACAGCAUCAGUACAUGAUUAAGAGUUGGACCAAAUGAGACAUGAUUUAUUCAGCUGACAGCAUCAGUACAUGAUUAAGAGUUGGGCCAAAUGAGACAUGAUUUAUUCAGCUGGCAGUAACCAACAGUACAUGAUUAAGAGUUGGACCAAAUGAGACAUGAUUUAUUCAGCUGACAGCAUCAGUACAUGAUUAAGAGUUGGACCAAAUGAGACAUGAUUUAUUCAGCUGACAGCAUCAGUACAUGAUUAAGAGUUGGACCAAAUGAGACAUGAUUUAUUCAGCUGACAGCAUCAGUACAUGAUUAAGAGUUGGACCAAAUGAGACAUGAUUUAUUCAGCUGACAGCAUCAGUACAUGAUUAAGAGUUGGACCAAAUGAGACAUGAUUUAUUCAGCUGACAGCAUCAGUACAUGAUUAAGAGUUGGGCCAAAUGAGACAUGAUUUAUUCAGCUGGCAGUAACCAACAGUACAUGAUUAAGAGUUGGACCAAAUGAGACAUGAUUUAUUCAGCUGACAGCAUCAGUACAUGAUUAAGAGUUGGACCAAAUGAGACAUGAUUUAUUCAGCUGACAGUAACCAACAGUACAUGAUGAAGAGUUGGACCAAAUGAGACAUGAUUUAUUCAGCUGACAGUAACCAUCAGUACAUGAUUAAGAGUUGGGCCAAAUGAGACAUGAUUUAUUCAGCUGACAGUAACCAUCAGUACAUGAUUAAGAGUUGGACCAAAUGAGACAUGAUUUAUUCAGCUGACAGUAACCAUCAGGUAGAUUAUUAGGACUGCUACAUAGGCCCUGUGUGACUGUUGAUAUCAAAGACGCAUUCAGUCAGAUGUUCAGUAUGUUUCCAAUUAAUGAAAGACCUCUUUGAAUUUAUUUAAGAAUAUGACUUGAGGUGACCUACACUCCAUUGUUGAUGUUUUUCUUGUCAUAGGAGACUUGGUAAAUAACUGAUGCUGUUUAUCUACUAUGGAUCUGAAUGCAUGCAUGUAAUAGUCUGUGUGGAUGGCUGUGUCCUCUUGGGGGCAGAGUGUGAUGAUAUAUAUAUAUAUAUAGUAAUAGUAAUGUAAUAGUCUGUGUGGAUGGCUGGUCCUCUUGGGGGCAGAGUGUGAUGAUAUAUAUAUAUAGUAAUAGUAAUGUAAUAGUCUGUGUGGAUGGCUGUGUCCUCUUGGGGGCAGAGUGUGAUGAUAUAUAUAUAGUAAUAGUAAUGUAAUAGUCUGUGUGGAUGGCUGCGUCCUCUUGGGGGCAGAGUGUGAUGAUAUAUAUAUAUAGUAAUAGUAAUGUAAUAGUCUGUGUGGAUGGCCUCGUCCUCUUGGGGGCAGAGUGUGGUGAUAUAUAUAUAUAGUAAUAGUAAUGUAAUAGUCUGUGUGGAUGGCUGUGUCCUCUUGGGGGCAGAGUGUGAUGAUAUAUAUAUAUAGUAAUAGUAAUGUAAUAGUCUGUGUGGAUGGCUGUGUCCUCUUGGGGGCAGAGUGUGAUGAUAUAUAUAUAUAGUAAUAGUAAUGUAAUAGUCUGUCCUCUUGGGGGCAGAGUGUGAUGAUAUAUAUAUAUAUAUAUAUAGUAAUAGUAAUGUAAUAGUCUGUGUGGAUGGCUGGGUCCUCUUGGGGGCAGAGUGUGAUGAUAUAUAUAUAUAGUAAUAGUAAUGUAAUAGUCUGUGUGGAUGGCUGUGUCCUCUAGGGGGCAGAGUGUGAUGAUAUAUAUAUAUAUAGUAAUAGUAAUGUAAUAGUCUGUGUGGAUGGCUGUGUCCUCUUGGGGGCAGAGUGUGAUGAUAUAUAUAUAUAUAGUAAUAGUAAUGUAAUAGUCUGUGUGGAUGGCUGUGUCCUCUUGGGGGCAGAGUGUGAUGAUAUAUAUAUAUAGUAAUAGUAAUGUAAUAGUCUGUGUGGAUGGCUGGUCCUCUUGGGGGCAGAGUGUGAUGAUAUAUAUAUAUAGUAAUAGUAAUGUAAUAGUCUGUGUGGAUGGCUGUGUCCUCUUGGGGGCAGAGUGUGAUGAUAUAUAUAUAUAUAUAGUAAUAGUAAUGUAAUAGCCUGUGUGGAUGGCUGGUCCUCUUGGGGGCAGAGUGUGAUGAUAUAUAUAUAUAUAUAUAUAGUAAUAGUAAUGUAAUAGUCUGUGUGGAUGGCUGUGUCCUCUUGGGGGCAGAGUGUGAUGAUAUAUAUAUAUAUAUAUAGUAAUAGUAAUGUAAUAGUCUGUGUGGAUGGCUGUGUCCUCUUGGGGGCAGAGUGUGAUGAUAUAUAUAUAUAUAGUAAUAGUAAUGUAAUAGUCUGUGUGGAUGGCUGGGUCCUCUUGGGGGCAGAGUGUGAUGAUAUAUAUAUAUAGUAAUAGUAAUGUAAUAGUCUGUGUGGAUGGCUGGUCCUCUAGGGGGCAGAGUGUGAUGAUAUAUAUAUAUAGUAAUAGUAAUGUAAUAGUCUGUGUGGAUGGCUGGUCCUCUAGGGGGCAGAGUGUGAUGAUAUAUAUAUAUAGUAAUAGUAAUGUAAUAGUCUGUGUGGAUGGGUUACUAUUUUAGACCUCCUUUAUUCCUAUUUUUGUUACCUCCCGUUAUCCCGUUACCUCCCGGUAUGCUGUUACCUACCGUUAUCUCGUUACCUCACGUUACCUCCUGUUAUCCCGUUACCUCCCGGUAUCCUGUUACCUCCUGUUAUCCCGUUACCUCCCGGUAUCCUGUUACCUCCAGGUAUGCUGUUACCUCCUGUUAUCCCGUUACCUCCCGUUAUCCUGUUACCUCCCGUUAUCCUGUUACCUCCCGGUAUCCCGUUACCUCCCGGUAUGCUGUUACCUCCUGUUAUCCUGUUACCUCCCGUUAUCCUGUUACCUCCCGUUAUCCUGUUACCUCCCGUUAUCCUGUUACCUCCCGUUAUCCUGUUACCUCCCGUUAUCCUGUUACCUCCCGUUAUCCUGUUACCUCCCGUUAUCCUGUUACCUCCCGUUAUCCUGUUACCUCCCGUUAUCCUGUUACCUCCCGUUAUCCCGUUACCUCCCGUUAUCCUGUUACCUCCCGGUAUCCCGUUACCUCCCGUUAUCCUGUUACCUCCCGGUAUGCUGUUACCUCCUGUUAUCCUGUUACCUCCCGUUAUCCUGUUACCUCCUGUUAUCCUGUUACCUCCCGUUAUCCCGUUACCUCCUGUUAUCCUGUUACCUCCCGUGAUCCUGUUACCUCCUGUUAUCCUGUUACCUCCCGGUAUGCUGUUACCUCCCGUUAUCCUGUUACCUCCCGGUAUGCUUGUUACCUACUGUUAUCCUGUUACCUCCCGUUAUCACUGUUACCUCCCGUUAUCAUGUUACCUCCCGUUAUCCUGUUACCUCCCGUUAUCCUGUUACCUCCUGUUAUCCCGUUACCUCCCGUUAUCCUGUUACCUCCCGUUAUCCCGUUACCUCCCGGUAUGCUGUUACCUCCCGUUAUCCUGUUACCUCCCGGUAUGCUGUUACCUCCUGUUAUCCUGUUACCUCCCGUUAUCCUGUUACCUCCCGUUAUCCUGUUACCUCCCGUUAUCCUGUUACCUCCCGUUAUCCUGUUACCUCCUGUUAUCCCGUUACCUCCCGUUAUCCUGUUACCUCCCGGUAUCCCGUUACCUCCCGUUAUCCUGUUACCUCCCGUUAUCCUGUUACCUCCCGUUAUCCUGUUACCUCCUGUUAUCCCGUUACCUCCCGUUAUCCUGUUACCUCCUGUUAUCCCGUUACCUCCCGUUAUCCUGUUACCUCCCGUUAUCCUGUUACCUCCCGUUAUCCUGUUACCUCCCGUUAUCCUGCUACCUCCCGGUAUGCUGUUACCUCCCGGUAUGCUGUUACCUCCCGGUAUGCUGUUACCUCCCGUUAUCCUGUUACCUCCCGUUAUCCUGCUACCUCCCGGUAUGCUGUUACCUCCCGGUAUGCUGUUACCUCCCGUUAUCCUGUUACCUCCCGUUAUCCUGUUACCUCCCGUUAUCCUGCUACCUCCCGGUAUGCUGUUACCUCCCGUUAUCUCGUUACCUCACGUUACCUCCUGUUAUCCCGUUACCUCCCGGUAUCCUGUUACCUCCAGGUACGCUGUUACCUCCUGUUAUCCCGUUACCUACCGUUAUCGCGUUACCUCCCGUUACCUCCUGUUAUCCCGUUACCUACCGUUAUCUCGUUACCUCCCGGUCAGGGGCGGUGUGUUCAAUAGGGCGAUAUGGGCGACGCACUGCCAAACGGGAAAAGGAAGGGAUUUUUUUUCUAAUCAAUUAUAUCACGGCAACAGUAGUUAUCAGUGUUGUAAUCUAGACGUCUGAUCUGCCACAGUGCCACUAAAUGUCCAAUCAGGCUAAAGUCGUGCUUCAAAUGCCCCCCCCCCCCUUUUGGGGCGAUUUCAGUCAGGUUGAAAAUCGCCCAGAAGUCUGUCAUAGACUCCCAUGUAAAAUCAAUUUUUUUCAAAUAUCAGAGCUUUCAAUACAAUCUCUAUGGGUUUCUGAGGGCUUGCACUUACGCGCUUUCGUCAUACGUAACAUAACGAUGAACGUAACUAAGAAAAGAGCGGGUAGCCUCGUCAAUCAAUUCACUACUACUAUCAAAAUGGCUAGGCUUCAGUGCAACUCGAUUGUGUCUUUGAAAGAAGUUCCUUUUUGUCGGCGAACAAAUGAAGAUAAAUUGGCAACGAAACAAUUAGGACCUCCCAGACCAAAUUUAAUAAUUCAACAGGUUUCUACUAAAGGGGGGAAGUCCUACACCCGAGGAUUUUCCAAAAAUUGGUACGAACGAAAAACCUGGCUAGCAGGCUGCGAUGUAGCUAAUGCAGUCUUCUGCUACCCCCUGCUUACUCUUUCACCCUGAAGGCGGCACGGCAGACAGCACCGCUUGGACAGCGACUGGUGUGUAACGGACAUGCACCAUCUUUCAGGAAAGAUUAAGAAACAUGAGCUGUCAAAGACCCACAUGGAUAGCUGUUUGAGAUUGUCUGCUUUGGGGAGAGUGAACAUUCCCACUCAACUGGAUGAGGGAUACAGGCUAGCUGUCCGCCGCCACAACGAUGAGGUUAGUGUUGAUAAUCACAAGUUUACUGGAGAACUGAAACUGACAAGGCUGACAAGAUAGGACCCUUUUGUCCAUUGUUAUUGGAUAGGAACAGAACUUAUAACCAGCUCCUGACCUAAAUAGAUCUUAGCACAACAUUUUACUCAACAUAUCAUAUUCCAUAUUCACUAUAACAAAUAUAUUUACUACGACAUUAGCAAGAACCGCCACAUCCUCAGCCGGCUAAUCCAGUGUGUGAAGUUUUGCGGAGUGUUUGAGUUAGCUUUGCGAGGCAAAGAUGAAACUGAGGGCUCCACCAACCCUGGUAAGCCAACACUUUUGAGAUCAGUCAAUAAAUGCUUCUGGUAUUGACUUAUAUGCUGCCCCUGUCUUCAUGUUGUUGCUGGACAUAUCUUUUUUAAAAUGUGUGUAGGUCACCUAAAUCAUCAGAAAAAUUGCCCCCCCUGAGAAUUUUUUCAGGAGCCGCCACUGCUCCCGGUAUCCUGUUACCUCCCGGUAUGCUGUUACCUCCCGUUAUCCCGUUACCUCCCGGUAUGCUGUUACCUCCCGUUAUUCCGUUACCUCCCAUUAUUCCGUUACCUACUGUUAUCCCGUUAUACCGUUACCUCCCGGUAUCCCGUUACCUCCCGGUAUUCCGUUACCUACUGUUAUCCCGUUAUACCGUUACCUCCCGGUAUUCCGUUACCUCCCAUUAUUCCGUUACCUACUGUUACCUCCUGGUAUCCCGUUACCUCCCGGUAUCCCGUUACCUCCCGGUAUCCCGUUACCUCCCGGUAUUCCGUUACCUACUGUUAUCCCGUUGUCCCGUUACCUCCCGGUAUCCCGUUACCUACUGUUAUCCCGUUGUCCCGUUACCUCCUGUUAUCCCUUUACCUCCCAGUUUCCUUUUACCUCCCGGUAUGCCGUUACCUCCCAGUAUCCCGUUACCUCCCGUUACCUCCCGGUAUCCCGUUACCUCCCGGUAUCCCGUUACCUCCCAGUAUCCCGUUACCUCCCGUUACCUCCCGGUAUCCCGUUACCUCCCAGUAUCCCGUUACCUCCCGGUACCUCCUGUUACCUCCCGUUAUCUCCUGGUAUGCCGUUAUCUCCCGUUACCCCGUUACCUCCCAGUAUGACGUUACUUAUCCCGUUACCUCCUGGUAUCCCGUUACCUCCUGGUAUCCCGUUACCUCCUGGUAUCCCUGGUAUCCCGUUACCUCCUGGUAUCCCUGGUAUCCCGUUACCUCCUGGUAUCCCGUUACCUCCUGGUAUCCCGUUACCUCCUGAUAUCCUGUUACCUCCUGGUAUCCCGUUACCUCCUGGUAUCCUGUUACCUCCUGGUAUCCCUGGUAUCCCGUUACCUCCUAGGGCGGCAGGUAGCUUAGUGGGUAAGAGCGUUGUGCCAGUAACCGAAAGGUCGCUGGUUCUAAUCCCUGAGCCGACUAGGUGAAAAAUCUGUCGAUGUGCCCUUAAGCAAGGCACUUAACCCUAAUUGCUCCCGUAAGUCGCUCUGGAUAAGAGCGUCUGCUAAAUGACUAAAAAUGUAAAUGUAUCCCGUUACCUCCUGGUAUCUCGUUACCUCCUGGUAUCCCGUUACCUCCUGGUAUCCCGUUACCUCCUGGUAUGCCUACAGACAGCCGGUGAACAGAAUCAGAGGGCAGAGAGAUCCUGUGGUUGUCUGUCUGUGCAUAACGGGAGCUAGGGCACAUCAGCAGCAGUGAGGUGGAUGUCAUCUGCAGAGAGGAGAGCUCAACUUUUUCAUUGAGGGAUAUUUCUGCAGUGACUGUGGGAGAGACUGGGGCCAAGACUUCAACAAUAGCCCAGAGGAUGAGGUCGCUUUUAGGAGAUUGUGACCAAGAUAUAUAGUAGUCUAUGUCUUAUAUUUUAUGUGCAAGCACUGCUUAAAAGUCCCGGGCGUUCAGAGAUGGUGUUUAUAUCGCAUUGAUCAUCGAAGGCAUACAUAUCCUUUGUGAAAGCGCUUUUAAAACAGAGGAUCAGCUGGUAUUAAUACUGUGAGCUGCACUUGGACACGUUGUACCAUAACCGAGGGCUGCUGGAGACGUUUGGAUCACCUUGCCUUUUGUGCCACCUGCUGUGGCACGUCAUUGUCACUCCGUCCAAUCACGCCGAAGCUGAUAGCGGAGCGUUUUCCAAGCGUUCUGGGCAAUUCCAGCGGCGAAUGAGUGAAUGAAUCGAGCGGAAGGAGCCAGCCGGAGUCUUUCAUUGAGCUGGAGACCGUUCGGUUGUGCGGGGGAAAUGUUUGUCUGUACAGGUACAGCAUUUAGGCGACAGGGGUUUGUUUAUCCUAGAAUAGAAGGACGGGGUUAAUAUCGCAUCAAGUCGACCACUACACCACUGUACAGAGUUGCAUUUCACUUCAUUUCAAAUCAUUGUUUUUCUUCACCGACAAAGACUAAUUAUUCUGAAUCUUCUGGACCCAGAGAUGGUGAGUAACAUAGUUCUUAUUUGUUGCAAUAUUUUAUGUUUAUUAUAAUCUGUACAAUUUAUACCUGGAGCCACGAUACUGAAUUUUGCAUGGGAUGCAUAUAAUAAGAAUGUAUAGCCUAGACUAUAUAGUCUUGUGCAAGUUGGAAACGUGUUCAAUGGAAUCAAAAUAAAUAAACAGUAUCUAAAAUGAAUUACUCUGUCUAUAUUCGCUUAAAUUGCAUUCCCCUCCAACUGAUGUUGUUAGAGUCGUCUACGCUUUCAUUUAUCCGUCCAGUCGUUUCAGAAGCCUCUGCUGAAAUGUUGACUGAUUUUUCUGUUAAGCACCGUUUUUCCGUCUUUCUAAGCAUCCCGAAACAUGCAGCUGGUCAGGGUAAGAUUACCAAACAGGCACGCAGGGCAAGCCCCCUGGAGUUCGGCCCCAGAAAGCAUAUGAACGCAUCAUAAACAAUGGCAAAAUGUGUAGAAUGGCAGUAAAUUAGCUUUAAAACUGCAUACAAAAUUCACUGCCUCAUGACAAAAUACAGUACAUUUACAUUUACAUCAUUUAGCAGACGCUCUUAUCCAGAGCCACUUACAAAUUGGUGCAUUCACCUUAUAGCCAGUGGGAUAACCACUUUACAAUGUUUUUUUUGUUGGGGGGGUGGGGUAAGGGGGGGUAGAAGGAUUACAUUAUCCUAUCCCAGGUAUUCCUUAAAGAGGUGGGGUUUCAAAUGUCUCCGGAAGGUGGUGAGUGACUCCGCUGUCCUGGCGUCGUGAGGGAGCUUGUUCCACCAUUGGGGUGCCAGAGCAGCGAACAGUUUUGACUGGGCUGAGCGGGAACUGUGCCUCCGUAGAGGUAGGGGGAGCCAGCAGGCCAGAGGUGGAUGAACGCAAUGCCCUCGUUUGGGUGUAGGGACUGAUCAGAGCCUGAAGGUACGGAGGUGCCGUUCCCCUCACUGCUCCAUAGGCAAGCACCAUGGUCUUGUAACGGAUGCGAGCUUCAACUGGAAGCCAGUGGAGUGUGCGGAGGAGCAGGGUGACGUGAGAGAACUUGGGAAUAUAUAGAAUAGCAUUAUAAAACUGCUAUUUAUUCUCUCUGCCCCAUGGCAAAAUGUGUUGAAAUGCAGGAACUUAGUAUUGCUUGUAUUGACUAUACAUCAGUGGAGGCUCAUCAGAGGAGGAAGGGGAGGACCAUCCUCUUCAGUGAAUUUCAUCAAAGUAAAAAUAGUGAAAUAUUUAAAAAAGUUAUCCUUUUAUAAUAAUAAUAGGCCAUUUAGCAGACGCUUUCAUCCAAAGCGACUUACAGUCAUGCGUGCAUACAUUAUAUAUAUAUUUUUUUGUGUAUGGGUGGUCUCGGGGAUCGAACCCACUACCUUGGUGUUACAAGCGCCAUGCUCUACCAGCUGAGCUACAGAGGAUCACCAUUUGAGAUAAAACUAUACUAAAUAUUUUCACGUCACCAAAUAAUUGAUUAAAACACACUGUUUUGCAGUGAAGGUCUACAGUAGCCUCAACAGCACUCUGUAGGGUAGCACCAUGGUGUAGCCGGAGGACAGCUAGCUUCUGUCCUCCUCUGGGUAGUUUGACUUCAAUACAAAACCUUGGAGGCUCAUGGUUCUCACCCCCUUCCAUAGAGACGCCCUCCAACCUAUCAGAGCUCUUGCAGCAUGAAUUGACAUGUUGUCCACCCAAUCAAAGGAUCAGAGAAUUAAUCUAGUACUGAAAGCAUAAGCUACAGCUAGCUAGCACUGCAGUGCAUAACAUGUGGUGAGUAGUUGACUCAAAGAGAGAGAAAGGCAAUAGUUGGACAGUUUUGAACAAAUUAAUUUCUUCAAAAAUGAGAGAGAGAGGAGAGAGAGAGAGAGAGAGAGAGCGAGAGAGAUAUUUUGUUGUAUUUUUUCACUUCCACUUACUCACCACGGAAUGCAGCUAGCUAGUUUAGCCUACUCAAACAGAGAGGGAUGCUAUGUUAGCUAGCUGGCUAUGGCUAUCCUACACUGGAUCUAUUCCAAGUCAAGGUAAGCUUUUGGUUGUAUUAAUUUAUUGCCACCGGGACCGCCGGUGUAACUGCUAAAUUGCUUGCUGUACGCUGUACUACGUGAUUGUAGCAGGUUUACUAACGCGUUAGUUCUAGUAGCUAUGUUGACUAUGACGUUAUCUAAUAUGGUGACAACGAUGUAGGCUGUAUGUAGCGGUUAGCGGUUAUGAUAUGAAGGUUUGGAUUGGAGAGGUUUUUUCCGCCUGGUCACAGACAGCUGAUGUGUUGUGAAGUCCACAAGCGGAGGGAAGAGAUACGAGGAGGAGAGCGCGUACAUUAGAGAAGGAAUUAUACAUUGAGCAAAGUGAUCCUGCUGUUUGCAUGUGGCUGCUAUGAAAGGGAACUGUGUUUGCGGAUGAUCAGGGGAGUAUUCAUUCAAAACGUUUCUUAAAACGUGUCUCAAACGGAACGAAACGAGGAUAAGCAUACCUGGAUUUGCCCAAUAUGAUUUGUCCAAUAGAAACCUUUGUUUGCAACUGUUUGGACUAAUGAUUACACCCUAGAUCAGCUAGAUGCAGGCCAGAGUGUGCAAGGCAGUAUUGAAUGUGUCACUGUCUGUCAUCUUCAUUACUCACAUUUUUCUCUCGACCUGUGCACAUAUGUUGUGAACUUAAAUUCUUAGGCUAUGUUGUAGCAACCUCAUGAUGGUUAUAGGGAACAUUUGAGUAUCAUGUAGUAGCCUAAACCUAUCUGUGAUGCGGUGAUUAGAAGGAGUCAGGCGCAGGAGGGUAAAUCACAGAAUAACAGGAUUUAUUCCGGAACACAGAGUUACGCAAAAAGCGUCAAACAGUCCAGUGCGCAAAACAAGCGCACUGAAACCACGAAGGCACACGAGGAAAAUAACCCGGUGAUACAAAAUACAAGGAGCUCCACCGAGCUCCACCAAGCUUUACAAUAAACAAUCACACACAAAGACAAGGGGGCAGAGGGAACACUUAUACAGGUACUGAUGAGGGGAUAUGAACCAGGUGUGUGCAAUAAACAAAACAAAUGGAAACGAUGAGAUGAGGAGCGGCAGUGGCUAGAAGGCCGGUGACGACGAACGCCGAAGCCUGACCGAACCAGGAGAGGAGGCAGCUUCGGAGGAAGUCGUGACACUAUCGUGAAUGGAAUAUGAAUGACAGUCAUCCAAUAUGCUGUAAUAGAAAUAAGGCCUUGCUCAUUAAAAAUAAAAUAAAAAUCAUCCUCCCUUAUGUUAAACGUGACCGACCGCCACUGCUAUACAUAUAGCCUAAUGAUGAUGCUUGCAUUGAAGUAUCCUGACUUUUUCAUAGUCCCAUAUUUUCAGUGUGCUACAGACUGUUGUUAUCUGAUCAUUUGGUGUUAUUUUACAAUAAUUUUCCCUAUAUUGCCAAUGUAUUUAUAUAGCACUAACAUUGGCAGCUAGAGAGAUAUUGUGUAAUUACAAUUCACAUGGUUACUUACAAGGGUUACACCUGUUUGCAGGAACCGUUUAUAAAAGAGGUGACUCUCUUGAAGAUGAUUAUGGGUUUGUUUUUACCCAGAGGGGGGGGGGUUCCACCUAGCCUGGAUACCAGUCUCUUUGUGCUAUCAUUCCACUCUUUGCCACUCCUUGUAUCCUUGUAAUGCCAAACAUAUGACACAGAGUACAAGGAGUGGAAUGUUAGCACAAAAACAGGUCUGGAUUUCAGGCUAGGUUCCUACCACUCACAGAGAACAAUAUGCACAAUCUCAAAUACACUCAAGACUAAGUAUCCCAGUCUAACAGUGUGUCGUUCUGUUUGAGACUCCUGGCAGGCGGUGCUGGCUGAACAGUUGGCAGAGAUUGGACCCGUGCCAGGGUUUCCUUCCUUUUCAAGUGAGAUUAGUUUGAAGCCCCUUUAAAAAGUGUGGGAUUAAGCCCUUUUGGUUUGUUUUAAAUAGGCUACCCACCGUUCCCCUCCGUUCUUUAUGAUGUGGUGACACUGAUGAUAUCCACUGGUCUUUCUAAUGUGUGUGUGUGUGUGUGUGUGUGUGUGUGUGUGUGUGUGUGUGUGUGUGUGUGUGUGUGUGUGUGUGACGCUGAUGAAGUGUUGGGUCCCAUUGGGUUUCCUCUGUUUAAUCUGCUGAAGUGGAAAUCAGUGGGUCUGAUUUCCACUCCAGUGGAAGUGGAAAUCAGACCCGACUGUUCUGAUAUUAAUUGAUUACACAUAUUGUUAUUCUGUAGAUGUAAACAAACAACAGAUUGUAUACUAUUAAGACUGAGAUAUGUUAAUGAGAUGCUUGCCUCACCCAACAUUAUAUUUGAGCUCAGGUUGAAUUUACACAUGUACUCCAAUUCUGUCUCUGUCUCUGUCUCUGUCUCUGUCUCUGUCUCUGUCUCUGUCUCUGUCUCUGUCUCUGUCUCUGUCUCUGUCUCUCUCUCUCUCUCUCUCUCUCUGUCUCUGUCUCUGUCUCUGUCUCUGUCUCUCUCUCUCUCUCUCCUCUCUCUCUCUCUCUCUCUCUCUCUCUCUCUCUCUCUCUCUGUCUCUGUCUCUGUCUCUGUCUCUGUCUCUCUCUUCUCUCUCUCUCCCUCCCCUUAUAGUCCAUACUUCUGGUUCUGAGAGAAUAGUGAGCGGUCCCUCAGAUAGCCUGAUCUGUAAUUGUCAAUGCUUCUCUUCCAUAAAUAAUAUAUUUCUAAAAAACCUAGAACGUCAACUAACUGACUGUGGUAUAUUUCCAUUUUAAUAGCAGUAAUUCUCUGAAGCCUGAGAGCGCAUCCCAAAUGGCACCCUAUUCCCUAUAUAGUGCACAUCCCAAAGGGCACCCUAUUCCCUAUAUAGUGCACAUCCCAAAUGGCACCCUAUUCCCUAUAUAGUGCACAUCCCAAAUGGCACCCUAUUCCCUAUAUAGUGCACAUCCCAAAUGGCACCCUAUUCCCUAUAUAGUGCACAUCCCAAAUGGCACCCUAUUCCCUAUAUAGUGCACAUCCCAAAUGGCACCCUCAUCCUUAUAUAGUGCACAUCCCAAAUGGCACCCUAUUCCCUAUAUAGUGCACAUCCCAAAUGGCACCCUAUUCCCUAUAUAGUGCACAUCCCAAAUGGCACCCUCAUCCUUAUAUAGUGCACAUCCCAAAUGGCACCCUAUUCCCUAUAUAGUGCACUACUCUGGGCCCGAAAUAGCACAUCCUCGGUGUGUCUGCAGGACCUGUCCUGGCUGCAAUGUGCUUUAUCAAUACCCAAGACUAUUUCACACAGGAAGUGGAGAUAAAAACAGUCCUGCAGGAACAUUUAGUUUUAGUUUCUUGCUCUUCAAUUGGUGCUAUUUUGAAAUUGGUAAAAUGUAAGAAAUGUGUCAGAUUCCCCAGCAGUGCUUCUUCUACUUCUACUGAAAUUAGCCCACCCAACUACCUCAUCCCCAUAUUGUUAUUUAUUUUGCUCAUUUGCACCCCAGUAUCUCUAUUUGCACAUCAUCUCUUGCACAUCUAUCAUUCCAGUGUUAAUACUAAAUUGUAACUAUUUUGCAUUAUGGCCUAUUUAUUGCCUUACCUCCAUAACUUACUACAUUUGCACACACUGUAUAUAUAUUUUCUGUUGUAUUUUUGACUGUAUGUUUUGUUUUACCCCAUAUGUAAUAUGUAACUCUGUGUUGUUGUUUUUAUCGCACUGCUUUGCUUUAUCUUGGCCAGGUCGCAGUUGUAAAUGAGAACUUGUUCUCAACUGGCUUACCUGGUUAAAUAAAGGUGAAAUAAAAAAUAAAUAAAAACUUCUAUAAUAAAGUAGCCAUUAUUGAAACCGUUCUUUAAAUGCUAGAGAGAGAGUUGUGGCGCAGUGGUCUAAGGCGCUGCAUCGCAGUGCUAGCUGUGCCACUGGUUCGAAUCCAGGCUCUGUCGUAGCCGGCCGCGACCGGGAGACCCAUGGGGCGGCGCACAAUUAGCCCAGCAUCGUCCAGUGUAGGGGAGGGAAUGGCCAGCAGGGAUGAAGCUCAGUUGGUAGAGCAUGGCGUUUGCAACGCCAGGGUUGUGGGUUCAAUUCCCACAGGGGGGCCAGUAUGAUAAUGUAUGCACUCACUAACUGUAAGUCGCUCUGGAUAAGAGCAUCUGCUAAAUGACGUAAAUGUACAGCUAUGGCUCAAAUGUGUCUGUAUCACUCUGGAAACAUGGUAGUGUCUAAUCAAAAGCCUCCGUGCUUGUACUUGAUCCUUUGAAAUGACUUGAGCCUGAAGGCAGAUUACUCUAUAUCAACAAAUAGGAGCUCAUAUCACCUGGAGCACAUAUCCUCUCCAGAAGUCUGUUACACCAUGUUUAGACUUCAGUCUACACUCUGAUACACCAUGUUUAGACUAAAUUGACUGCAGGAGUGCAAUGUUUUUUGUUUUUUUUUUUCCAAGCCACAAUGUUGUGAUUUAUGAUACAAAUUAGUUUUAAUAUCACCUAAUUAACACCCUCUUAAAUCUUACAUUACAACAACUUUCAUCAAAGCUAUUGAAUGUGAAGUGCUGAAGUCCUGAGUAAUGAUAUGAAUAACUACAAGUUGUAGCAGAGGACAUAUUCGUGUGGGGUCAAACACUUUACUUGGUCGAGAUCUCUCAGCAGUCUCAGAGAAAAUGAAAGCAAAUUGAAGAGUGGUGUUGAGGAGCAGGAUGUAUGGUGUUGAGGAGCAGGAUGUGGUGUUGAGGAGCAGGCUGUGGUGUUGAGGAGCAGGGUGUGGUGUUGAGGAGCAGGGGGUGUGGUGUUGAGGAGCAGGGUGUGGUGUUGAGGAGCAGGGGGUGUGGUGUUGAGGAGCAGGGUGUGGUGUUGAGGAGCAGGGGGUGUGGUGUUGAGGAGCAGGGGGUGGUGUUGAGGAGCAGGGUGUGGUGUUGAGGAGCAGGGAGUGGUGUUGAGGAGCAGGGUGUGGUGUUGAGGAGCAGGGGGUGGUGUUGAUGAGCAGGGUAUAGUGUUGAGGAGCAGGGAGUGGUGUUGAGGAGCAGGGUGUGGUGUUGAGGAGCAGGGUGUGGUGUUGAGGAGCAGGGAGUGUGGUGUUGAGGAGCAGGGAGUGGUGUUGAGGAGCAGGGUGUGGUGUUGAGGAGCAGGGUGUGGUGUUGAGGAGCAGGGUGUGGUGUUGAGGAGCAGGGUGUGGUGUUGAGGAGCAGGGGGUGUGGUGUUGAGGAGCAGGGUGUGGUGUUGAGGAGCAGGGUGUGGUGUUGAGGAGCAGGGGGUGUGGUGUUGAGGAGCAGGGUGUGGUGUUGAGGAGCAGGGUGUGGUGUUGAGGAGCAGGGUGUGGUGUUGAGGAGCAGGGGGUGUGGUGUUGACGAGCAGGGGGUGUGGUGUUGAGGAGCAGGGUGUGGUGUUGAGGAGCAGGGUGUGGUGUUGAAUAGCAGGGUGUGGUGUUGAGGAGCAGGGUGUGGUGUUGAGGAGCAGGGGUUGGUGUUGAGGAGCAGGGGGUGGUGUUGAGGAGCAGGGGGUGGUGUUGAGGAGCAGGGGGUGGUGUUGAGGAGCAGGGAGUGGUGUUGAGGAGCAGGGUGUGUGGUGUGCUCUGCAGGGCUACAGGGCUGACUGACUCUGCUCUGAGAGAUAGUUGGCAUCGGGUCAUUGGCAGACGGGCAGAUCUGUUGCCAUGGCACUCUGGUAGAGUGUGUCUGUGUGUGUUUGUGUAUGUGUGUUUGAACGGUAGUGUGUGUGUCUGUGUGUGUGUGUCUUUGUGUGUGUAUGUGUGUUUGAACGGUAGUGUGUGUGUCUGUGUGUGUGUGUCUGUGUGUGUAUGUGUGUUUGAACGGUAGAGUGUGUGUGACCUCUACAGGAAGUGUGUGUUUGACAUCUUAAAGAGUGGUCUGGUUUCUAGUGACCAUCUACUGCUGAGUAUUACCAACAUGUGCCAACAUCAACUGACGGGAAGAAAAUCUCACUCUUUAUUCUAGGAAAUGACCAUGAGGAUGUCAGAUGUAAGGAUAAGCAGAGUCAAUGACCAUGAUGAUGUCAGAUGUAAGGAUAAGCAGAGUCAAUGACCAUGAGGAUGUCAGAUGUAAGGAUAAGCAGAGUCAAUGACCAUGAUGAUGGGUUCUCUCUUUGUACUUUGUACAAUGACUUACUACUGAUGAUGAUGAUGAUGAUGAUGAUGUGGUGUAAAAUCUCCUCUAGCUGAGUUAUUUUCCCUCUGGGUAAUGACCUCUUUAUCCUCUGGGUAAUGACCUCUGUAUCCUCUGGGUAAUGACCUCUGUAUCCUCUGGGUAAUGACCUCUGUAUCCUCUGGGUAAUGACCUCUUUAUCCUCUGGGUAAUGACCUCUGUAUCCUCUGGGUAAUGACCUCUGUAUCCUCUGGGUAAUGACCUCUGUAUCCUCUGGGUAAUGACCUCUGUAUCCUCUGGGUAAUGACCUCUGUAUCCUCUGGGUAAUGACCUCUGUAUCCUCUGGGUAAUGACCUCUGUAUCCUCUGGGUAAUGACCUCUGUAUCAUCUGGGUAAUGACCUCUGUAUCCUCUGGGUAAUGACCUCUUUAUCCUCUGGGUAAUGACCUCUGUAUCCUCUGGGUAAUGACCUCUGUAUCCUCUGGGUAAUGACCUCUGUAUCCUCUGGGUAAUGACCUCUUUAUCCUCUGGGUAAUGACCUCUGUAUCCUCUGGGUAAUAACCUCCCUCAGGGAAAUGACCUCCCUCUGUGUAAUGACCUCCUCCUGGAUAAUGACCUCCCUCUGGGUAAUGACCUCCCUCUGGGUAAUGACCUCCCUCUGGCUAAUGACCUCCCUCUGGGUAAUGACCUCUGUAUCCUCUGGGUAAUGACCUCUGUAUCCUCUGGGUAAUGACCUCCCUCGGGUAACGUCCUCCCUCGGGUAACGACCGCCCUCUGAGUAAUGACCUUCCUCUGGGUAAUGACCUCCCUUUGGGUAAUGACCUUCCUCUGGGUAAUGACCUCUGUAUUCUCUGGCACAGUGUUUUCUUUUGGUUUGGUUUAGAGCGUAGAGGGGACCUUUGGGUUAUUUAGAUAUUCUGCCAUCAAUUAGCGGACCUUUGGGUUAUUUAGAUAUUCUGUCAUCAAUUAGGGGACCUUUGAGUUAUUUACAUAUUCUGUAAUCAAUUAGGGGACCUUUUGGUUAUUUAGAUAUUCUGUCAUCAAUUAGGGGACCUUUUGGUUAUUUAGAUAUUCUGUCAUCAAUUAGGGGACCUUUUGGUUAUUUAGAUAUUCUGUCAUCAAUUAGGGGACCUUUGAGUUAUUUACAUAUUCUGUAAUCAAUUAGGGGACCUUUUGGUUAUUUAGAUAUUCUGUCAUCAAUUAGGGGACCUUUGAGUUAUUUACAUAUUCUGUAAUCAAUUAGGGGACCUUUUGGUUAUUUAGAUAUUCUGUCAUCAAUUAGGGGACCUUUUGGUUAUUUAGAUAUUCUGUAAUCAAUUAGGGGACCUUUGGGUUAUUUAGAUAUUCUGUAAUCAAUAAGGGGACCUUUGAGUUAUUCUGUAAUCAGACCUCAGCCAUUUCCCAGAGUGAAAUGGACAAUCUGGAAAUACUGCGUACCACCGUAGCUUUUGAAGAAACUGGAGAGAGAGAGAGAGAACGAACACAGGCCAUCAUAUUGUGAUCGGCUCAGCUCUGAGGGGCCAGAGACAAUAUUUAUCCUCAUCUAUUCCAUAUAUAUAAUAUUUAUUAUAUUCCAAAGCUUGGUGUCUAUCUUUGAUGCUUCAUUUAAUUUGAUAUAAUUAGAUAGUCCUCUCAGUAACACUUGUGAUAAUAUAUAUAUAUAUAUAUUCAUAUAAUUAGAUAGUCCUCUCAGUAACACUUGUGAUAAUAUAUAUAUAUAUAUUCAUAUAAUUAGAUAGUCCUCUCAGUAACACUUGUGAUAAUAUAUAUAUAUUCAUAUAAUUAGAUGGUCCUCUCAGUAACUCUUGCCACUGUUUUCCACUCUGUUGCUCUGUCCAGGCAUAAAGCACACACAUUCCUGUCCAGUUGAAAAGACUUGUAAUGGCCAUUGAAACCAUCUGUUAUUUUUUAUAUACAAUCUGUCUGACCUCUGUUGUGUUUUCUGUGUGUGUGUGUGUAUGUGUGUGUGUGUGUGUGUGUGUGUGUGUGUGUGUGUGUGUGUGUGUGCACUGUAUGUAACUUGGGAGGGAAGUGUUGCACCAAACACAGAACCAACAACGGUAUCCUACCACUAAUACACCUGGAGACACACUGGAGCUUCUACCUCCUGGCCUGUCUACACUGUCACAGAAAGAUAAAGGGGCUCUCUUGUGGAUUUCAUUGGAUGGUGGUGGUACACAGGGCAUUCUGACAAACAUGGGGCUGUUUGAAAAGUACAUGUAACGUUCUUUUUUAGGACGCUGUUAAAACAUAAUAUUCCCAAUGGCGCUGAGAGACGAACACACUCUGGCUUCAAAACAGGAAUCGAGGCCAUUUUCACACAGAUGGUUUUUUAGGUGAAGUGUUUCUUGCUUUUACUGUGGAGUUCAAUUAAAUAAAAAUUAAAUACAUUAAUUAAAUUAUUUUCUGUUUCACUGGCGUAGGGCUGCUGUAAUCUGUAACGUAAUGAAGUCAGCGUUCUCCCUCUCUGUGUCCCAAAUGACUUCCCAUGUCCUGCAUAGUGCACUACUUUUGACCAGGGCCGUUUGGUCUGCAGCCCCAGUCUGAGGUGGUAGGCGAUAAGUCGAUAUUGUUGUGGAUUCCUGGAUGUUCUUCUCAUGGCUAUUGUAACGUUCUAAAAGCGACUUUAUGUUUCUAGGUUGACAUUUCAGUGAUGUGCAGCAUCUUUAUACAGCACAGGGCUAGUCUGGUAUUUCCGGAGCACAUCUUUAUACAACCACAUACAAAAAAAAUAUUGGUCAAUCGAAAAUCAUCUGUUCUUUCGACCAAUCGAUUGAUUGACAUUUUUUUAAAAGUGUAUUUUUCCAUAUAUAGACACACCCUAUAUAUUUUAAUAAAAUCAACUAUAUGCAUUGAGCUUGUGGGAUGCUUUAAGCUUACGGUUUGAUUAAAUAAGACAAAUGCCUCAAGAGGGCACCAGAGAUCUAGAUAACCAGAAGAAAACAACCUUAACCUGACCCAACUAUUCUCCUCCUGCUCCUGCUGGCUUUCACAGAUUCUGACGUUACUCUCAUGAAGUUGCCGGUAAUAAGCUACACAAGGAAUCAGCAACUUUGCCAAUUUAUCUUACAAUUUCUACCGAUCUGCGUGCCAGUUAUGGUUUUCAUAUGCACAUUUUCGUGAAACAGUUUAAUUUCAUUUUGACUUGGGCAGGAGCUCACCGGCGCAGAGUUCCGGCACCUCAGAUUUCUACUGCUUGAGCUCCUGUUCCUCUUACAGAAUAUUAGCUCCAAGAUAUUGUGGAGCUUCUGCACCUUAAUAUACACAGUAACAGCACCCAACAUGAGUACUGGAACCUAUUUCAGUCCAAGUCAAGCACUGAUAAGAAGUAAUCAGGGAGGCCUAUUUUAUGACGUUUCCACUGGAUCAGAGCAUGACAUUAUUCCCGUUCACGCUGAGUGGUUAUCGAAAGGGAGAAAGCUGGAUUUUUUCUCUCUCCAGAAUACAUUGAGAAACGAUUGUAAUUCUCAUUGGAUGUAAAAACAGACUUUACGGUGAUACGACCUCAGCGACAGCCUAUAGAACUAUCUUAUUAAACUUUUAGGUUAGCCAACCAUUACAUUUUAAAUUUUACAUCUUGCAGACGCUCUUAUCCAGUGCGACAUACAGUUGGUGCUUUCGGUGCUAGGCAACCACAUCUCACAGUCAGUAAAACGCUCCUCAGUAAAGCAGCUGUCGCGCCCUGGCCUAUAGAACUCUAGCUAGUUUGGUCAGGGUGUGAAUAUUCUAGGUUUGUAUUUCUAUGUUUGGCCGGGUGUGGUUCCCAAUCAGAGGCAGCGGUCGCUCGUUGUCUCUGAUUGGGGGAUCAUACUUAGGCAGCUAGUUUUCCUGCCUGUGUUGUGGGUUUUUAUUGUGUUCCUGUUUUAGGCUUGUGUGUUAGACUUUGGACCGUCACGGUUAAGUUUUGUUAUUUUGGUUACUGUGUCGUGUGUUUAUUCUUUAAUAAACAUGUACGCCUUUCACGCUGCACCUUGGUCCGUCCCGUUCCUUAACAUGUACGCCUUUCACGCUGCACCUUGGUCCGUCCCGUUCCUUAACAUGUACGCCUUUCACGCUGCACCUUGGUCCGUCCCGUUCCUUAACAUGUACGCCUUUCACGCUGCACCUUGGUCCGUCCCGUUCCUUAACAUGUACGCCUUUCACGCUGCACCUUGGUCCGUCCCGUUCCUUAACAUGUACGCCUUUCACGCUGCACCUUGGUCCGUCCCGUUCCUUAACGUACGUGACAGCAGCUUUCAGCAACAUCAGUGCUGGGUAAAACAACCACAUCUCACAGUCAGUAAAACGUUCCUCAGUAAAGAAGAUUUCAGCAACAUCAGUGCUGGGCGAGAACAGACAGGUGCAAUACAGUACGCAGAACCCUGACAUUCAAAUGGUCCAAUAACUUAACUAUCAUUACUAUUGAUUAUCAGUCCUGUUUCGCCAACUGACGUCUGUUAUGUUGUCUGGUGAGGGAUUUCUCAGACAAUAAGAUUGUUGAUGGCGUUCCACUUGAAAUGCUGCAGUUGCUCCUAACUACCCACACAAGGUGCUGUGUAAUUUACUCGGUGGAAACGAUAUGUUUUGUCUCAUGUUUUCCAGAUAUCCUGUGUAUGUGUUUCUCUCUGCCCAUCAGAUUUACUCCAGUGAGAGAGAGGAUUUUUCUGUGAUCUACAUAAAAGGUCAUAGCUCAUGGAAAAUGAAUAGCUCUGGUUGUUAUCGUGAGGGUCACUUUCUCUGGUAGCCUGACCUCUGGUUCUUUCUUUGGACCAAAAUAAUCACCUUCUAUUAUUUAACCUUUUAGUUAUAGUCUCACAAAGGGAUUUAAAUACAGGCUUCCUAUCGUUUGAUAAUUCAGAGAGAGAGAGAGAGAGAGAGAGAGAGAGAGAGAGAGAGAGAGAGAGAGAGAGAGAGGAGAGAUUGAGAGAGAGAGAGAGAGCGAGAGAAAGAGAGAGAGAGAGAGAGAGAGACUCUCUCCCUCUCUCUCCUCCCCUCUUCCCGCUCUUCCUCUUAUUCUCUCUCGCCCGAGAGCUGCUCUCUCUGAGCGAGUCGAGUUUGCCUUUUUAGGCAUCCACUCACCUAAGAUGGCAGUGCUCUGUGUUUUGUUACUAUCCCACUGUGGUUGGUAUAUGCUGAGAUCCAACGUACUGAAGGUGCUAUCAUGGAUGCGUCCCUAAUGACACCCUAUUCCCUUUCUAGUACAGCACUCCAACACCCACAGGGCCCUGGUCUAAAGUAGUGCACUAUAUAGGGAAUAGGGAGUCAUAGGGCUCUGGUCUAAAGUAGUGCACAAUAUAGGGAAUAGGGUGCCAUAGGGCUCUAGUCUAAAGUAGUGCACUAUAUAGGGAAUAGGGUGUCAUAGGGCUCUGGUCUAAAGUAGUGCACUAUAUAGGGAAUAGGGUGCCAUAGGGCCCUGGUCUACAGUAGUGCACUAUAUAGGGAAUAGGGUGCCAUAGGGCUCUGGUCUAAAGUAGUGCACUAUAUAGGGAAUAGGGUGCCAUAGGGCCCUGGUCUAAAGUAGUGCACUAUAUAGGGAAUAGGGUGCCAUUUGGGAUGCAACCUAUUGCUCUUAGUACUAUCCCAUCAAACCAAAAUUGUGACCCGUUCCAGGAAGCUAGGAGUAUGUCUCAAUUCACUACUUAAUAGGAGAGGCAUUUGAACGUAUUACAUGUUGUUUUUUAUCAAAAUGUUUUGUUUUGUUUUUAUUACAGCCUCAAGUCUUCUUGGGUAUGACGCUACAAGCUUGGCACACCUGUAUUUGGGGAGUUUCUGCCAUUCUUCUCUGUGGAUCCUCUCAAGCUCUGUAAGGUUGGAUGGGGAGCAUCGCUGCACAGCUAUUUUCAGGUCUCUCCAGAGAUGUUCGAUCGGGUUCAAGUCCGGGCUCUGGCUGGGCCACUCAAGGACAUUACUGAGACUUGUCCAGAAGCCACUCCUGCGUUGUCUUGGCUGUGUUUUUUGGGUCGUUGUCCUGUUGGAAGGUAAACCUUCGCCCCAGUCUGAGGUCCUGAGCGCACUGGAGCAGGUUUUCAUCAAGGAUCUCUCUGUACUUUGCUCCGUUCUUUUUUCCCUUGAUCCUGACUAGUCUCCCAGUCCCUGUCGCUGAAAAACAUCCCCACAGCAUGAUGCUGCCACCACCAUGCUUCACCGUAGGGAUGCUGCCACCACCAUGCUUCACCGUAGGGAUGGUGCCAGGUUUCCUCCAGACGGGACAUUCAGGCCAAAUACACUGCUCAAAAAAAUAAAGGGAACACUUAAACAACACAUCCUAGAUCUGAAUGAAUGAAAUAAUCUUAUUAAAUACUUUUUUCUUUACAUAGUUGAAUGUGCUGACAACAAAAUCACACACAAAUUAUCAAUGGAAAUCAAAUGUAUCAACCCAUGGAGGUCUGGAUUUGGAGUCACCCUCAAAAUUAAAGUGGAAAACCACACUACAGGCUGAUCCAACUUUGAUGUAAUGUCCUUAAAACAAGUCAAAAUGAGGCUCAGUAGUGUGUGUGGCCUCCACGUGCCUGUAUGACCUCCCUACAACGCCUGGGCAUGCUCCUGAUGAGGUGGCGGAUGGUCUCCUGAGGGAUCUCCUCCCAGACCUGGACUAAAGCAUCCGCCAACUCCUGGACAGUCUGUGGUGCAACGUGGCGUUGGUGGAUGGAGCAAGACAUGAUGUCCCAGAUGUGCUCAAUUGGAUUCAGUUCUGGGGAACGGGUGGGCCAGUCCAUAGCAUCAAUGCCUUCCUCUUGCAGGAACUGCUGACACACUCCAGCCACAUGAGGUCUAGCAUUGUCUUGCAUUAGGAGAAACCCAGGGCAACCGCACCAGCAUAUGGUCUCACAAGGGGUCUGAGGAUCUCAUCUCGAGCACAUGGAGGGCUGUGCGGCCCCCCAAAGAAAUGCCACCCCACACCAUGACUGACCCACCGCCAAACUGGUCAUGCUGGAGGAUGUUGUAGGCAGCAGAACGUUCUCCACGGCGUCUCCAGACUCUGUCACGUCUGUCACAUGUGCUCAGUGUGAACCUGCUUUCAUCUGUGAAGAGCACAGGGCGCCAGUGGCAAAUUUGCCAAUCUUGGUGUUCUCUGGCAAAUGCCAAACGUCCUGCACGGUGUUGGGCUGUAAGCACAAUCCCCACCUGUGGACGUCGGGCCCUCAUACCACCCUCAUGGAGUCUGUUUCUGACCGUUUGAGCAGACACAUGCACAUUUGUGGCCUGCUGGAGGUCAUUUUGCAGGGCUCUGGCAGUGCUCCUCCUGCUCCUCCUUGCACAAAGGCGGAGGUAGCGGUCCUGCUGCUGGGUUGUUGCCCUCCUACGGCCUCCUCCACGUCUCCUGAUGUACUGGCCUGUCUCCUGGUAGCGCCUCCAUGCUCUGGACACUACGCUGACAGACACAGCAAACCUUCUUGUCACAGCUCGCAUUGAUGUGCCAUCCUGGAUGAGCUGCACUACCUGAGCCACUUGUGUGGGUUGUAGACUCCGUCUCAUGCUACCACUAGAGUGAAAGCACCGCCAGCAUUCAAAAGUGACCAAAACAUCAGCCAGGAAGCAUAGGAACUGAGAAGUGGUCUGUGGUCACCACCUGCAGAACCACUUCUUUAUUGGGGGUGUCUUGCUAAUUGCCUAUAAUUUCCACCUGUUGUCUAUUCCAUUUUUACAACAGGAUGUGACAUUUAUUGUCAAUCAGUGUUGCUUCCUAAGUGGACAGUUUGAUUUCACAGAAGUGUAAUUGACUUGGAGUUACAUUGUGUUGUUUAAGUGUUCCCUUUACUUUUUUGAGCAGUGUAGUUCAAUCUUGGUUUCAUUAGACCAGAGAACCUUGUUUCUCAUGGUCUGAGAGUCCUUCAGGUGCCUUUUGGCAAACUCCAAGUGGGCUGUCAUCAAAUCAAAUGAAAUUGUAUUUGUCACAUACACUUGUUUAGCAGGUUAUUGCGGGUGUAGCGAAAUGCUUGUGCUUCUAGCUCCGACAGUGCAGUAAUAUCUAACAAGUAAUAUCAAACAAUUUCAUAACUUAUACCCAAUACACACAAAUAUAGUAAGGAAUGGAAUUUGCGAGGGAUGGCUAUUUAACAGUCUGAUGGCCUUGAGAUAGAAGCUGUUUUUCAUUCUCUUGGUCCCAGCUUUGAUGCACUUGUACUGACCUCGCCUUCUGGAUGAUAGCAGGGUGAACAGGCAGUGGCUCGGGUGGUUGAUGUCCUUGAUUAUCUUUUUGGCCUUCCUGUGACAUCUCUAGGAAGAGUCUUGGUGGUUCCAAACGUCUUCCAUUUAAGAAUGAUGGAGGCCACUGUGUUCUUGGGGACCUUCAAUGCUGCAGACUUUUUUUGUACCCUUCCCCAGUUCUGUGCCUCGACACAAUCCUGUCUCGGAGCUCUACAGACAAUUCCUUCGACCUCAUGGCUUGGUUUUUGCUCUGACAUGCUCUGUCAACUGUGGGACCUUAUAUAGACAGGUGUGUGCCUUUCCAAAUCAUGUCCAAUCAAUUUAAUUUACCACAGGUGGACUCCAGUGAAGUUGUAGAAACAUCUCAAGGAUGAUCAAUGGAAACAGGAUGCACCUGAGCUCAAUUUCGAGUCUCAUAGCAAAGGGUCUGAAUAUUUAUUAAAUGCGUACUGGGAAAACAAAACACACAGGUGAAUAUCCCGGCGAUAAAAGUAACAUAAUGCUCAACACGAGCUAGCGACACCUCCACAUGGAACGAUAACACACAAAGACAUGGGGGAGCAGAGGGGAUAAUUAUACAGAGACUGAUGAGGGGAUAUGAACCAGGUUUGUGUGAAAAACAAGACAAAACCAAUGGAAUGAUGAAAAGAGGAGUGACAGUGGCUAGAAGGCCGGUGACAACGAACGCCGAAGCCUGCCCGAACCAGGAGAUGAGGCAGCUUCGGAGGCAGUCGUGGCAAUGACUUUUUUUAUAUUUUAUUUUAAAAAUAUAUAUUUUCCUUUAAAAUAAAAAGGCGUAUUUUAAAAUAUAAAAAAGUAAAAGGGUCUGCAAACUUUUCUUGACUUUUUAUAUUUUAAAAUACACCUUUUGUACUGAAUGCACUGUAUAUGCACUGUGGUCCUCUGUAGCUCAGCUGGUAGAGCACGGUGCUUGUAACGCCAAGGUAGUGGGUUCGAUCCCCGGGACCACCCAUACACAAAAAUGUAUGCACGCAUGACUGUAAGUCGCUUUGGAUAAAAGCGUCUGCUAAAUGGCAUAUUAUUAUUAUUAUUAUUAUUAUUAUUAUUAUUAUUAUAUUAUUAUAUUAUGUUAUUAUUAUAUUAUUAUAUAUAUAUAAUGGAUUGGUCUGCCAUGUAGCAAGCUUCCGUCUAUAACAUGAGCUGCCCAGUAUGUAGAUAAUCCUUGCUACCGUUGCUUUUUUAAAACUAACUAAGAUUUACGGUGGAAAUAUACAGCAGCGAUCAUCCGUUCACCCACACAAAGACACAGUGGUGUCACGCUCGUCAUAAUUUAUGGACCAAGGCGCAGCGUGAUAUGCGUACAUACUUUUAAUGAGUACUUUUACAAUUCUACAAAACAACAAAACGAUACGUGAAGUCCAAGGUUAAACAAACACAUACCUUACACGGAACAAGAUCCCACAAUAAACUAGUGCCAAAAGGCUGCCUAAGUAUGGUUCCCAAUCAGAGACAAUGAGAAUCAGCUGCCUCUGAUUGGGAACCACCCUGGCCAACAUAGAAAACACGAACUAGAACACAACAUAGAAAAUAACACAUAGAAACUCCACACCCUGGCUCAACAUAUAAGAGUCCCCAGAGCCAGGGCGUGACAGUACCCCCCCCCCCCAAAGGCGCGGACUGCGACCGCACCAACUAAACCCAACAGGGGAGGGGCCGGAGCUGGACUGAACACCGGUGGAGCGGAUUGCUCUGGCUCCGGUGUGGAGUAGCUGACCGGUGCCGGACCAGGCACAGGUGGAACAGGCACGGACCGUGCCAGACUGACGACGCGCACCACUGGCUUGGUGUGGGGAGCAGGAGCGGGCCGGACCGGGCUGGCGACGCGCACCAUUGGCUUGGUGCGGGGAGCAGGAACAGGCCGAACCGGGCUGGCGACGCGCACCACUGGCUUGGUGCGGGGAGCAGGAACAGGCCGGACUGGGCUGGCGACGCGCACCACAGGCUUGGUGCGAGGGACAGGAACAGGCCGGACCGUACUGGGAACACACACCACUGGCCUUGUGCGGGGAUCAGGAACGGGCCGGACCGGACUGGUAACACACCCCAGUACCUCUCGCCGUGCCUCUCUCCUUUUCCCUCGUGACCAGUGGCCCCCGUAACCUGGCGGCCUCCUCUGCAAACCUGCUGAACCGCUCUAUCGCGGCCUCCCGCUGCCUCGUCGUCCACGGCGUGAGCCCCCCCCUAAAAAAUGUUUGGGCUUGUCUCUCCCCCGUGAACAUGGCCUCCAUGGCUCUCGCCAGACUCUCACUCUCCUCUUCCCACGUCCAUCCUCUCUCCUCGUCACGCUGCUUGAUCCAGUCGAGGUGGGAUCUUCUGUCACGCUCGUCAUAAUGAACGGACCAAGGCGCAGGGUGAUAUUUUACAUUUACAUUUUAGUCAUUUAGCAGACGCUCUUAUCCAGAGCAACUUACAGUUAGUGAGUGCAUACAUUAUUUUUUGUAUUUUUCAUACUGGCCCCCCGUGGGAAUCAAACCCACAACCCUGGCGUUGAAAACGCCAUGCUCUACCAACUGAGCUACAUCCCUGCCGGCCAUUCCCUCUCCUACCCUGGACGACGCUGGGCCAAUUGUGCGCCGCCCCAUGGGUCUCCCGGUCGCGGCCGGCUACGACAGAGCCUGGAUUCAAACCAGGAUCUCUAGUGGCACAGCUAGCACUGCGAUGCAGUGCCUUAGACCACUGCACCACUCGGGAGGUAUGCGUACAUACUUUUAAUGAGUACUUUUACAAUUCUACAAAACAACAAAACGAUACGUGAAGUCCAAGGUUAAACAAACACAUACCUUACACGGAACAAGAUCCCACAAUAAACUAGUGCCAAAAGGCUGCCUAAGUAUGGUUCCCAAUCAGAGACAAUGAGAAUCAGCUGCCUCUGAUUGGGAACCACCCUGGCCAACAUAGAAAACACGAACUAGAACACAACAUAGAAAAUAACACAUAGAAACUCCACACCCUGGCUCAACAUAUAAGAGUCCCCAGAGCCAGGGCGUGACAGGUGGUUGGAACCAAAAAUCUCAAAUUUGGACUGCAGACCAAAGGACACAUUGCUCGUGUUUCUUGGCCCAAGCAAGUCUCUUCUUAUUAUUGGUGUCCUUUAGUAGUGGUUUCUUUGCAGCAAUUCGACAAAUGAAAGCCUGAUUCACACAGUCUCCUCUGAACCGUCGAUGUUGAGAUGUGUCUGUUACUUGAACUCUGUGAAGCAUUUAUUUGGGCUGCAAUUUCUGAGGCUGGUAACUCUAAUGAACUUAUCCUCUGCAGCAGAGGUAACUCUGGGUCUUCUAUUCCUGUGGCGGUCCUCAUGAGAGCCAGUUUCAUCAUAGUGCUUUAUAGUUUUUGCGACUGCACUUGAAGAAACUUUCAAAGUUCUUGAAAUGUUCCGUAUUGACUGACCUUCAUGUCUUAAAGUAAUGAUGGACUGUCGUUUCUCUUUGCUUAUUUGAGCUGUUCUUGCCAUAUGAUGGACUUGGUCUUUUACCAAAUAGGGCUAUCUUCUGUAUACCCCCCUUACCUUGUCACAACACAACUGAUUGGCUCAAACGCAUUAAGAAGGAAAGAAAUUCCACAAAUUAACUUUUAAGAAGGCACACCUGUUAAUUGAAAUGCAUUCCAAGUGACUACCUCAUGAAGCUGGUUGAGAGAAUGGCAAGAGUGUUCAAAGCUGUCAUCAAGGUAAAGGGUGGCUAUUUGUUUAACACUUUUUUGGUUACUACAUGAUUCCAUAUGUGUUAUUUCAUAGUUUUGAUGUCUUCACUAUUAUUCUACAAUGUAGAAAAUAGUAAAACUAAAGGAAAACCCUGGAAUGAGUAGGUGUUCUAAAACUUUUGACCAGUAGUAUAUAUAUAUCUAUGGUGUAGGUGUCCAAACUUUUGACUGGUACUGUAUAUACGGUAUACAGCCCAAGACCCCGGUAUAUAUACGGUAUACAGCCCAAGACCCCGGUGUAUAUAUACGGUAUACAGCCCAAGACCCCGGUGUAUAUACGGUAUACAGCCCAAGACCCCGGUAUAUAUACGGUAUACAGCCCAAGACCCUGGUAUAUAUACGGUAUACAGCCCAAGACCCCGGUAUAUAUACGGUAUACAGCCCAAGACCCCGGUAUAUAUACGGUAUACAAGACCCUGGUAUAUAUACGGUAUACAGCCCAAGACCCCGGUAUAUAUACGGUAUACAGUCCAAGACCCCGGUAUAUAUACGGUAUACAGCCCAAGACCCCGGUAUAUAUACGGUAUACAAGACCCUGGUAUAUAUACGGUAUACAGCCCAAGACCCCGGUAUAUAUACGGUAUACAGCCCAAGACCCCGGUAUAUAUACGGUAUACAGCCCAAGACCCCGGUAUAUAUACGGUAUACAGCCCAAGACCCCGGUAUAUAUACGGUAUACAGCCCAAGACCCCGGUAUAUAUACGGUAUACAGCCCAAGACCCCGGUGUAUAUAUACGGUAUACAGCCCAAGACCCCGGUGUAUAUACGGUAUACAGCCCAAGACCCCGGUGUAUAUACGGUAUACAGCUCAAGACCCUGGUAUAUAUACGGUAUACAGCCCAAGACCCUGGUAUAUAUACGGUAUACAGCCCAAGACCCCGGUGUAUAUACGUUAUACAGCCCAAGACCCCGGUAUAUAUACGGUAUACAGCCCAAGACCCCGGUAUAUAUACGGUAUACAGCCCAAGACCCCGGUAUAUAUACGGUAUACAGCCCAAGACCCCGGUAUAUAUACGGUAUACAGCCCAAGACCCUGGUAUAUAUACGGUAUACAGCCCAAGACCCCGGUAUAUAUACGGUAUACAGCCCAAGACCCCGGUAUAUAUACGGUAUACAGCCCAAGACCCCGGUAUAUAUACGGUAUACAGCCCAAGACCCUGGUAUAUAUACGGUAUACAGCCCAAGACCCUGGUAUAUAUACGGUAUACAGCCCAAGACCCCGGUAUAUAUACGGUAUACAGCCCAAGACCCUGGUAUAUAUACGGUAUACAAGACCCUGGUAUAUAUACGGUAUACAGUCCAGGACACCGGUAUAUAUAUGGUAUACAAGACCCAGGUAUAUAUACGGUAUACAGCCCAAGACCCUGGUAUAUAUACGGUAUACAAGACCCUGGUAUAUAUACGGUAUACAGCCCAAGACCCCGGUAUAUAUACGGUAUACAGCCCAAGACCCCGGUAUAUAUACGGUAUACAGCCCAAGACCCCGGUAUAUAUACAGUAUACAGCCCAAGACCCCGGUAUAUAUACAGUAUACAGCCCAAGACCCCGGUAUAUAUACGGUAUACAGCCCAAGACCCCGAUAUAUAUACGGUAUACAGCCCAAGACCCCGGUAUAUAUACGGUAUACAGCCCAAGACCCCGGUGUAUAUACGGUAUACAAGACCCCGGUAUAUAUACGGUAUACAGCCCAAGACCCCGGUAUAUAUACGGUAUACAGCCCAAGACCCCGGUAUAUAUACGGUAUACAGCCCAAGACCCUGGUGUAUAUACGGUUUAUGGUUUCUGAUCUCUGACUUUUUAAAGAACUUAAAGUUUGGGAAAAUAAAAAGCCUAGUAUUUGCACCCUGGUCAGUUGUCUGGGUUGGUCAGACGCCCAGUCAGAACCAUACAUGGAUUUAAAUGCUUGGUCAGACGCCCAGUCAGAACCAUACAUGGAUUUAAAUGCUUGGUCAUACACCCAGUCAGAACCAUACAUGGAUUUAAAUGCUUGGUCAUACACACAGUCAGAACCAUACAUGGAUUUAAAUGCUUGGUCAGACGCCCAGUCAGAACCAUACAUGGAUUUAAAUGCUUGGUCAUACACAGUCAGAACCAUACAUGGAUUUAAAAUGGAAAAAGCACAUAUUAAAGAAGCUGAGCAUACAAUCAUGAUUCAUUAGACAGGCACAUAUUGGUUUCUAUUAAAAGUGAUUUAAAAGGUACAUUCUGCAAUAUUUGCUGCUGGUCAUUUUAAUCUAGAGCUGUUGUAUUUCUUCAGCACCAUCCCUCAGCUUUAUAGCAAUCCAAGUGGUGGGGUCUGACUUUUGACAACAACAACAAACAAAAAACAAAUUAAGGAUUGUGGCUUUAAGGUACACCCAACAAUAAAUCUUCAUCUCACUAGGUCAGUCCAUUAUCAGAUCUCACUGUCCCCAACACUAACAGGCAGAACCAAGGUGAAGGGGUCCAAGACAUAUUACACAUUACUCUGUCUGAGUCUCAAAUGGCACCCUAUUCCCUAUGGGGUCUGGACAACAGUAGUCCAGAAUGGCACCCUAUUCCCCAUGGGGCCUGGACAACAGUAGUCCAGAAUGGCACCCUAUUCCCCAUGGGGCCUGGACAACAGUAGUGCAGAAUGGCACCCUAUUCCCUAUGGGGUCUGGUCAACAGUAGUCCAGAAUGGCACCCUAUUCCCUAUGGGGCCUGGACAACAGUAGUCCAGAAUGGCACCCUAUUCCCUAUGGGGCCUGGACAACAGUAGUGCAGAAUGGCACCCUAUUCCCCAUGGGGCCUGGACAACAGUAGUCCCAAAUGGCACCCUAUUCCCUAUGGGGCCUGGACAACAGUAGUCCAGAAUGGCACCCUAUUCCCUAUGGGGCCUGGACAACAGUAGUGCAGAAUGGCACCCUAGGAAGCCACAGACAGCAGACAGCUGAUAUCUGCAUAUAACAUCUCAAAGAAAAUCUUUUUAAAUUAAUAUAUUUUCCUUGUAUUGCAAUAUUCUACCAUCAUAAAGCUGUCCAGACAGAGGUGGCGUCUCAAAUGGCACCCUAUUCCCUACGGGGCCUGGUCAACAGUAGUGCAGAAUGCGACCCUAUUCCCCAAUGGGCUCUGGUCAACAGUAGUGCACUACAUAGGGAACAGGGUGCCAUUUGAGACGCCACCGCUGUCUGGACAGAUUUAUGAUGGUAGAAUAUUGCAAUACAAGGAAACGAUUUUAAUUUAAAAAUAUUUUUAUUUGAGAUGUUAUAUGCAGAUAUCAGCUGUCUGUGUCUUCCUAAUGCACACAACAAAAUGUUUGUCCUGACCUCAUCAGAUAUCUUCUUACGCUUGUCAAGUAAUAUUUAUAUCCCUUUUAGAGUGGGCUGAGGUUCACAUUCAGUAAUAUUUAUAAUCCUUUUAGAGUGGGUUGAGGUUCACAUUCAGUAAUAUUUAUAAUCCUUUUAGAGUGGGUUGAGGUUCACAUUCAGUAAUAUUUAUAAUCCUUUUAGAGUGGGUUGAGGUUCACAUUCAGUAAUAUUUAUAAUCCUUUUAGAGUGGGUUGAGGUUCACAUUCAGUAAUAUUUAUAAUCCUUUUAGAGUGGGUUGAGGUUCACAUUCAGUAAUAUUUAUAAUCCUUUUAGAGUGGGCUGAGGUUCACAUUCAGUAAUAUUUAUAAUCCUUUUAGAGUGGGUUGAGGUUCACAUUCAGUAAUAUUUAUAUCCCUUUUAGAGUGGGUUGAGGUUCACAUUCAGUAAUAUUUAUAAUCCUUUUAGAGUGGGUUGAGGUUCACAUUCAGUAAUAUUUAGAAUCAUUUUAGAGUGGGUUGAGGUUCACAUUCAGUAAUAUUUAUAAUCCUUUUAGAGUGGGUUGAGGUUCACAUUCAGUAAUAUUUAUAAUCCUUUUAGAGUGGGUUGAGGUUCACAUUCAGUAAUAUUUAUAUCCCUUUUAGAGUGGGUUGAGGUUCACAUUCAGUAAUAUUUAUAUCCCUUUUAUAGCAGAUUAAUGAAGUCUUCUUCUUCUGUGUUUCUUCUUCUCUAGUUCCCCUUCACCAUGAGCCUAUCAGAUGAACAUACUCCAUGGUCAGAGGACUACAGAGAUACUGGACUGCAUUCCAACCAGAGGUGACAUCUAGUGGCGACUUCACUCCCAACAUAUUGGUAAGUUCCCAAAUUCUACUACAGCACUGUGACUUACUGGGGACUUUACACUCCACGCUGCCUCUAUUAAAGUCACAGCACUGUGACUUACUGGGGACUUUACACUCCACGCUGCCUCUAUUAAAGUCACAGCACUGUGUCUUACUGGGGACUUUACACUCCACGCUGCCUCUAUUAAAGUCACAGCACUGUGACUUACUGGGGACUUUACACUCCACGCUGCCUCUAUUAAAGUCACAGCACUGUGUCUUACUGGGGACUUUACACUCCACGCUGCCUCUAUUAAAGUCACAGCACUGUGACUUACUGGGGACUUUACACUCCACGCUGCCUCUAUUAAAGUCACAGCACUGUGUCUUACUGGGGACUUUACACUCCACGCUGCUUUAAGAGACUCUUUAACGAGGUAGGGUUCCAGAUGUUUUGGGAAGAUGGGCAGGGACUGCUGUUAUAGCUCCAGGGGAAAUCUGGUUCCACCAUUGGGGUGCCAAGACAGAGAAGAGCUUGGACUGGGCUGAGUGGGAUUUGCCCUCCCAUAGGGGUGGGAGGGCCAAGAGACCAGAGGUGGCAGAACGGAGUGCUCUGGUUGGGGUGUAGGGUUGGAGCAUAGCCUGAAGGUAGGGAGGGGCAGUUCCUCUUGCUGCUCCGUAGGUAAGCACCAUGGUCUUGUAGUGGAUGAGAGCUUCGACUGGAAGCCAGUGGAGUGUACGGAGGAGUGAGGUGCCAUGGGAGAACUUGGAAAGGUUGAACAUGUCGUCAACGUUAUUUUCAAAGUGGUUGACAAAGUCGUUUGCAGAGAGGGAAUAGGGAGGGGGUGGAGGAUUAAGGAGGGAGGAGAAGGUGGAAAAUAGUUUCCUAGGGUUAGAGGCAGAAGCUUGAAAUAGAGGGAUAGAAAGUGGCUUUAGCAGUGGUUACAGAGAAAGAGAAGGUAGAGAGGAAGGAGUGGAAGGAUGAUAAGUCCUCUGGAAGUUUAGUUUUCCUCCAUUUUCUCUCAGCUGCCUGCCACCCUGUUCUGUAAGCUCUCAAUUAAUCACUCAGACACGGAGCAGGAGGAGAGGGCCGAGCCGGCCUGGAGGAAAGGGGACAGUGUGAGUCAUAGGAUGCGGAAAGGGAGGAGAGUAGGGUCGAAGAGGCAGAAUCAGGAGAAAGGAGGGAGAAGGAUUUAGCAGAAGGGUGAGAUGAUAGGAUAGAAGAGGAGAGAGUAGUGGGAGAGAGAGAGAGCGAAGAUUGCGACGGUGCAUGAACAUCUGGGUAGGGGCUGAGUGGUUAGGGUUGGAGGAAAGGGAGACAGAAAUGGAAACAAUGUAGUGAUCAGAGACCUGGAGGAGGGUUGCAGUGAGAUUAGUAGGAGAACAGCCUCUAGUAAAGAUGAGGUCAAGCGUAUUGCCUGCCUUGUGAGUUGUAGGGGACUGGGAAAGGGUGAGGUCAAAAGAGGCAAGGAGGGGAAAGAUAGUUGGAAAGAAACUAAUCGAAGGCAGACUUCGGGAGGUUGAAGUCGCCAAGAACGAAGAGCAGUUGCCAACGCUACAAAAGAGCAAAAUGAGAUCAUCUGUAAAUAUCUAGGUAAGAUACUAGAGUGAGAGAGCGGUGUGCAGCAUUCCACUCCUUCCUUCCUCGAACGACUCGGCAGAACCGUCUUUGUUUCGGCGACGAGGCCGCCGCUUACAGCUUCCACUGAGAAACCAAGGGAGACUGAAGAACUAACACUAAUUGCUAAUUUCCUAGCAGAGGUGGAGAGCAUAUCUCCCUGUACUAAUUGCUGAUUGCCUAGGAGAGGAGAAACCACUCCCCGUCCAAUACAACCACUGAUUACCAAAACAACAACAGUCACAAAUUGCUCUGCCCCUUGAUCCUGGUUGAUGUGUCAACAAUCAUCUGCAAGUUUUUAAUAGCAGUCGGCAGUUCACACACCAAGUAGCCCACUGGGAAGACAGGCAGCACUUAAAGUAGAUGGCCCCGGCUAGCAACAAGACAGCACUAGACCACAACAGAUAAAUAAUACCCAUCACUCCUGCCGAUAUCAGGAGUCCUCCAGCUAUAGAAUGAAGUGUGUGACCUCGGACUAGCAGAGAUCACAACAAACACAGUGUCUGGUCUUGGACUAGCAGAGAUCACAACAAACACAGUGUCUGGCCUCGGACUAGCAGAGAUCACAACAAACACAGUGUCUGGCCUCGGACUAGCAGAGAUCACAACAAACACAGUGUCUGGCCUUGGACUAGCAGAGAUCACAACAAACACAGUGUCUGGCCUUGGACUAGCAGAGAUCACAACAAACGAUGAGGGGAUCAGAGAGACUAUGUUCAGACAAGAAAACAUUAUGCCCCGGUCCAAGAGUACAGAAUGCAAUUUGGGAGGCUGGGGGUGUUCCGGGAAGUGUGUGCGGUGAUGGUGACUCAGUGAGUAGGCAUUCUGUUGAGAUAAAGAGGUACAGUGUUGUGAUUGAUUCUACAAGCCUUUCUCUUCACUAACAAUCCAGGUGGAUAGUUAAGGGAAUGAAUGGUGUCUAGCCCUCCUGUUGCUAGGUAACACAGAAACAACAAGGCAAGGGAGCUGUCUGACACAAACUGUCAAUUAUUAUUCUGUGCUGCAAGAUUCUCUCAUACAGCGCAUUCGGAAAGUAUUCAGACCCCUUGACUUGAUUCAGUCCCCAAUGUCACAGGCCUGGUGUCUCCCUCCAUCUCUCUCUCCUUCCAUAAUGUCACAGGCCUGGUGUCUCCCUCCAUCUCUCUCUCCUUCCAUAAUGUCACAGGCCUGGUGUCUCCCUCCAUCUCUCUCUCCUUCCAUAAUGUCACAGGCCUGGUGUCUCCCUCCAUCUCUCUCUCCUUCCAUAAUGUCACAGGCCUGGUGUCUCCCUCCAUCUCUCUCUCCUUCCAUAAUGUCACAGGCCUGGUGUCCCCCUCCAUCUCUCUCUCCUUCCAUAAUGUCACAGGCCUGGUGUCUCCCUCCAUCUCUCUCUCCUUCCAUAAUGUCACAGGCCUGGUGUCUCCCUCCAUCUCUCUCUCCUUCCAUAAUGUCACAGGCCUGGUGUCUCCCUCCAUCUCUCUCUCCUUCCAUAAUGUCACAGGCCUGGUGUCCCCCUCCAUCUCUCUCUCCUUCCAUAAUGUCACAGGCCUGGUGUCUCCCUCCAUCUCUCUCUCCUUCCAUAAUGUCACAGGCCUGGUGUCUCCCUCCAUCUCUCUCUCCUUCCAUAAUGUCACAGGCCUGGUGUCUCCCUCCAUCUCUCUCUCCUUCCAUAAUGUCACAGGCCUGUGUCUCCCUCCAUCUCUCUCUCCUUCCAUAAUGUCACAGGCCUGGUGUCUCCCUCCAUCUCUCUCUCCUUCCAUAAUGUCACAGGCCUGGUGUCUCCCUCCAUCUCUCUCUCCUUCCAUAAUGUCACAGGCCUGGUGUCUCCCUCCAUCUCUCUCUCCUUCCAUAAUGUCACAGGUCUGGUGUCUCCCUCCAUCUCUCUCUCCUUCCAUAAUGUCACAGGCCUGGUGUCUCCCUCCAUCUCUCUCUCCUUCCAUAAUGUCACAGGCCUGGUGUCUCCCUCCAUCUCUCUCUCCUUCCAUAAUGUCACAGGCCUGGUGUCUCCCUCCAUCUCUCUCUCCUUCCAUAAUGUCACAGGCCUGGUGUCUCCCUCCAUCUCUCUCUCCUUCCAUAAUGUCACAGGCCUGGUGUCUCCCUCCAUCUCUCUCUCCUUCCAUAAUGUCACAGGCUUGGUGUCUCCCUCCAUCUCUCUCUCCUUCCAUAAUGUCACAGGCCUGGUGUCCCCCUCCAUCUCUCUCUCCUUCCAUAAUGUCACAGGCCUGGUGUCCCCCUCCCUCCAUCUCUCUCUCCUUCCAUAAUGUCACAGGCCUGGUGUCUCCCUCCAUCUCUCUCUCCUUCCAUAAUGUCACAGGCCUUGUGUCUCCCUCCAUACAGUCUGCAGAAUAACAGAAAUGACACAGAAGGUGUAUCCCAAAUAGCACCCUAUUCCUUAUUUAGGGCUCUGGUCAAAAGUAGUGCACUACAUAGGGAAUUUUUUGUGAUUUGGGACAGAAACAGAAUCAUCAAUAAUACAGCUCUUACUACAUGAAAAGGGGCUUGAAGGAAGCCUUACAAUAUCACGUUUUUCUAAGUAGUGUGAACGCUCGCGAGCAGGCAAUGUUGAGAAGUCAUCUUAAGACGUUGUAUUUUUCUUAAAUGUCGUUUUGUAAUUGACUAAAACAAGCAGACAAGAAAAUGGUGUUUGAAAAAUUGUCAAGUGUUUUUGCUGUGAGCCAAUGGGGUAACCUAGGUAACCACAGGUUGUUUUACCUACAGGCGAGCGUUCUAUCUAAUACCGACUGGGACUACAGGGCUCUGGUCCAAAGUAGUCUACUUUAUAGGGAAUAGGGUGCCAUUUGGGACGCAGGAAGGGUCACGUCCUUGAGAACCUCUCUGAAUUAGGCCAGGAAGGGUCACGUCCUUGAGAACCUCUCUGAAUUAGGCCAGGAAGGGUCACGUCCUUGAGAACCUCUCUGAAUUAGGCCUGGAAGGGUCACGUCCUUAAGAACCUCUCUGAAUUAGGCCAGGAAGGGUCACGUCCUUGAGAACCUCUCUGAAUUAGGCCUGGAAGGGUCACGUCCUUAAGAACCUCUCUGAAUUAGGCCAGGAAGGUUCACGUCCUUGAGAACCUCUCUGAAUUAGGCCAGGAAGGGUCACGUCCUUGAGAACCUCUCUGAAUUAGGCCAGGAAGGAUCACGUCCUUGAGAACCUCUCUGAAUUAGGCCAGGAAGGGACACGUCCUUGAGAACCUCUCUGAAUUAGGCCAGGAAGGGUCACGUCCUUGAGAACCUCUCUGAAUUAGGCCAGGAAGGGUCACAUCCUUGAGAACCUCUCUGAAUUAGGCCAGGAAGGGUCACGUCCUUGAGAACCUCUCUGAAUUAGGCCAGGAAGGGUCACGUCCUUGAGAACCUCUCUGAAUUAGGCCAGGAAGGGUCACGUCCUUGAGAACCUCUCUGAAUUAGGCCAGGAAGGGUCACGUCCUUGAGAACCUCUCUGAAUUAGGCCAGGAAGAGUCAAGUCCUUGAGAACCUCUCUGAAUUAGGCCAGGAAGGGUCACGUCCUUGAGAACCUCUCUGAAUUAGGCCUGGAAGGGUCACGUCCUUGAGAACCUCUCUGAAUUAGGCCAGGAAGGGUCACGUCCUUGAGAACCUCUCUGAAUUAGGCCAGGAAGGGUCACGUCCUUGAGAACCUCUCUGAAUUAGGCCUGGAAGGGUCACGUCCUUAAGAACCUCUCUGAAUUAGGCCAGGAAGGGUCACGUCCUUGAGAACCUCUCUGAAUUAGGCCUGGAAGGGUCACGUCCUUAAGAACCUCUCUGAAUUAGGCCAGGAAGGUUCACGUCCUUGAGAACCUCUCUGAAUUAGGCCAGGAAGAGUCACGUCCUUGAGAACCUCUCUGAAUUAGGCCAGGAAGGGUCACGUCCUUGAGAACCUCUCUGAAUUAGGCCUGGAAGGGUCACGUCCUUGAGAACCUCUCUGAAUUAGGCCAGGAAGGGUCACGUCCUUGAGAACCUCUCUGAAUUAGGCCAGGAAGGGUCACGUCCUUGAGAACCUCUCUGAAUUAGGCCUGGAAGGGUCACGUCCUUAAGAACCUCUCUGAAUUAGGCCAGGAAGGGUCACGUCCUUGAGAACCUCUCUGAAUUAGGCCUGGAAGGGUCACGUCCUUAAGAACCUCUCUGAAUUAGGCCAGGAAGGUUCACGUCCUUGAGAACCUCUCUGAAUUAGGCCAGGAAGGGUCACGUCCUUGAGAACCUCUCUGAAUUAGGCCAGGAAGGGUCACGUCCUUGAGAACCUCUCUGAAUUAGGCCAGGAAGGGACACGUCCUUGAGAACCUCUCUGAAUUAGGCCAGGAAGGGUCACGUCCUUGAGAACCUCUCUGAAUUAGGCCAGGAAGGGUCACGUCCUUAAGAACCUCUCUGAAUUAGGCCAGGAAGGGUCACGUCCCUGAGAACCUCUCUGAAUUAGGCCAGGAAGGGUCACGUCCUUGAGAACCUCUCUGAAUUAGGCCAGGAAGGGUCACGUCCUUGAGAACCUCUCUGAAUUAGGCCAGGAAGGGUCACGUCCCUGAGAACCUCUCUGAAUUAGGCCAGGAAGGGUCACGUCCCUGAGAACCUCUCUGAAUUAGGCCAGGAAGGGUCACGUCCCUGAGAACCUCUCUGAAUUAGGCCAGGAAGGGUCACGUCCUUGAGAACCUCUCUGAAUUAGGCCAGGAAGGGUCACGUCCUUGAGAACCUCUCUGAAUUAGGCCAGGAAGGGUCACGUCCCUGAGAACCUCUCUGAAUUAGGCCAGGAAGGGUCACGUCCCUGAGAACCUCUCUGAAUUAGGCCAGGAAGGGUCACGUCCCUGAGAACCUCUCUGAAUUAGGCCUGGAAGGGUCACGUCCCUGAGAACCUCUCUGAAUUAGGCCAGGAAGGGUCACGUCCCUGAGAACCUCUCUGAAUUAGGCCAGGAAGGGUCACGUCCUUGAGAACCUCUCUGAAUUAGGCCAGGAAGGGUCACGUCCUUGAGAACCUCUCUGAAUUAGGCCAGGAAGGGUCACGUCCUUGAGAACCUCUCUGAAUUAGGCCAGGAAGGGUCACGUCCUUGAGAACCUCUCUGAAUUAGGCCAGGAAGGGUCACGUCCUUGAGAACCUCUCUGAAUUAGGCCAGGAAGGGUCACGUCCUUGAGAACCUCUCUGAAUUAGGCCAGGAAGGGUCACGUCCCUGAGAACCUCUCUGAAUUAGGCCAGGAAGGGUCACGUCCUUGAGAACCUCUCUGAAUUAGGCCUGGCUCUCUGAUAACAGUAAAUAUGCCCUAAAACAGACACAGUGCACUCAGCUGGUUUAGUUACAUUUUAGUAAUUUAGCAGACGCUCUUAUCCAGAGCGACUUACAGUUAGUGAGUGCAUACAUUUUUCAUACUGGUCCCCCGUGGGAAUCGUACCCGCAACCCUGGCGUUGCAAGCGCCAUGCUCUACCAACUGAGCUACAGAGGACUACGUGAACGGGAUCAUGAAAGGGAUCCUAAUUGAUGGACAAUUCAUUUAUUAUUAUUAUUAUUAUUAAAAUGUUAUGUUGAAAAUGUUAUGUUGAUUUCACGGUUGUCCUUUUAGUGCUUCCAUGAAGCUUCGUGAUAGUCACUAAUGGAUUCAACGUAAGCAUUAUGAAAGGAGUAUAAAAGGUCAGAGUGCUGCUGGCUGCUUCCCAAAUGACACCCUACUCCCUACAUAGUGUCACUAUGUCUGACCAGGGCCCAUAAUGCUCUGGUCCAAAAGCAGUGCACUACGUAGAGAAUGGGGUGUCAUUUGGGAAGCAGACGCUGUGAUCCCCAUUAUACAACCUGUUAUUUCAUCCAGCCGUUAACCAGGCAGCUCUGCAUUAGACUAGAACACAUUACAGUCUGAGAUCUCAACAGCAGACUACUGUACAUCCAGUCUGAUAUCUCAACAGUAGACUACUGUACAUCCAGUCUGAGAUCUCAACAGUAGACUACUGUACAUCCAGUCUGAGAUCUCAACAGUAGACUACUGUACAUCCAGUCUGAGAUCUCAACAGCAGACUACUGUACAUCCAGUCUGAGAUCUCAACAGCAGACUACUGUACAUCCAGUCUGAGAUCUCACAGCAGACUACUGUACAUCCAGUCUGAGAUCUCAACAGCAGCUACUGUACAUCCAGUCUGAGAUCUCAACAGCAGACUACUGUACAUCCGUCUGAGAUCUCAACAGUAGACUACUGUACAUCCAGUCUGAUAUCUCACAAGUGACUACUGUACAUCCAGUCUGAAUAAUCUCAAGCAGUAGACCUACUGUACAUCCAGUCCUGAGAUCUCAAACAUUAGUACUACUGUAACAUCCAGUCUGAGAUCUCAACAGUAGACUACUGUACAUCCAGUCCUGAGAAUAUCAACAGGCAGAACCUACUGUAAUCCAGGUCUGAGAUAUCAACAUGUAGACUACUGUAAACAUCCAGUCUGAGAUACUCAAGCAGUAGACUACUGUACAUCAUCUGAUAUCUCCAGAUACCCCGUGAGAUCUCAAUCAGUAGACUACUGUACAUCCAGUCCUGAUAUCUCAGCAGUAGACUACUGUACAUCCAGUCUGAGAUCUCAUCAGUAGACUACUGUACAUCCAGUCUGAGAUCUCAACAGUAGACUACUGUACAUCCAGUCUGAGAUCUCAACAGCAGACUACUGUACAUCCAGUCUGAGAUCUCAUCAGUAGACUACUGUACAUCCAGUCUGAGAUCUCAACAGUAGACUACUGUACAUCCAGUCUGAGAUCUCAACAGUAGACUACUGUACAUCCAGUCUGAGAUCUCAACAGUAGACUACUGUACAUCCAGUCUGAGAUCUCAACAGUAGACUACUGUACAUCCAGUCUGAGAUCUCAACAGUAGACUACCGUACAUCCAGUCUGAGAUCUCAACAGCAGACUACUGUACAUCCAGUCUGAGAUCUCAACAGUAGACUACUGUACAUCCAGUCUGCGAACUCAACAGUAGACUACUGUACAUCCAGUCUGAGAUCUCAACAGUAGACUACUGUACAUCCAGUCUGAGAUCUCAACAGUAGACUACUGUACAUCCAGUCUGCGAACUCAACAGUAGACUACUGUACAUCCAGUCUGAGAUCUCAACAGUAGACUACUGUACAUCCAGUCUGAGAUAUCAACAGUAGACUACUGUACAUCCAGUCUGAGAUCUCAACAGUAGACUACUGUACAUCCAGUCUGAGAUCUCAACAGUAGACUACCCUACAUCCAGUCUGAGAUCUCAACAGUAGACUACUGUACAUCCAGUCUGAGAUCUCAACAGUAGACUACUGUACAUCCAGUCUGAGAUCUCAACAGCAGACUACUGUACAUCCAGUCUGAGAUCUCAACAGUAGACUACUGUACAUCCAGUCUGAGAUUUCAACAGUAGACUACUGUACAUCCAGUCUGAGAUCUCAACAGUAGACUACUGUACAUCCAGUCUGAGAUCUCAACAGUAGACUACUGUUCAUUCAGCCUAAGUGCUGUUUUCCCAGCGCUUUCUUCCACUUGGCGUAACAGAGCUUCCUGGCUACCCAGACUCCAAACUCUGGAUUGAGUCUGGAUCUGAUUACCUCCCCGACCCUUCACCGAACGUGAACACAUUUGGGGCUAUCUGAUUGGUCCAGACACCGAUGGGUUGGGCCAGAGCUAGAACACACGUGGGUAACGCGGCAGUUUGAAAAUUCUUCAUCGUCUUCGAUACUCUGAUUGGUUGGCGACGAUCCGAUCGCUGAUGAUUUUGUUUUGUACAACGCCCCUCGUGCCCCUCGUCACCACAAACGACUUCAAAGAUGGCCGUCUCAGAUUAAGGUAUGUAGUGAACGACAGAGCAGUGGAAGUAGUGUGAGUCGUCAGGCUGACAACAGGGUCCUCAAGCUUAGAUGGACUUUUUCCGCCCAAUUCAUUUGUCACAAGCCCACCCAAAAUCUGAUUUCUGGCUACGCCCUCUGAUUUACAUCCAGUCUGAUUGGUCCUACCCUGCCGGCUGACGGAGACAGAGUAGGCUCAGUCCUCCAGCAGCUCCACAUCAUCAUCUCCCUGUCCUCUUCCACAUGCCAUCCCAGGGGAGACUCCCUGUCCUCCUCCACAUGCCAUCCCAGGGGAGACUCCCUGUCCUCUUCCACAUGCCAUCCCAGGGGAGACUCCCUGUCCUCCUCCACAUGCCAUCCCAGGGGAGACUCCCUGUCCUCUUCCACAUUACAUCCCAGGGGAGACUCCCUGUCCUCUUCCACAUUACAUCCCAGGGGAGACUCCCUGUCCUCUUCCACAUGCCAUCCCAGGGGAGACUCCCUGUCCUCCUCCACAUGCCAUCCCAGGGGAGACUCCCUGUCCUCCUCCACAUGCCAUCCCAGGGGAGACUCCUUGUCCUCCUCCACAUGCCAUCCCAGGGGAGACUCCCUGUCCUCCUCCACAUGCCAUCCCAGGGGAGACUCCCUGUCCUCCUCCACAUGCCAUCCCAGGGGAGACUCCCUGUCCUCCUCCACAUGCCAUCCCAGGGGAGACUCCCUGUCCUCUUCCACAUGCCAUCCCAGGGGAGACUCCCUGUCCUCCUCCACAUGCCAUCCCAGGGGAGACUCCCUGUCCUCCUCCACAUGCCAUCCCAGGGGAGACUCCCUGUCCUCCUCCACAUGCCAUCCCAGGGGAGACUCCCUGUCCUCCUCCACAUGACAUCCCAGGGGAGACUCCCUGUCCUCCUCCACAUGCCAUCCCAGGGGAGACUCCCUGUCCUCCUCCACAUGCCAUCCCAGGGGAGACUCCCUGUCCUCCUCCACAUGCCAUCCCAGGGGAGACUCCCUGUCCUCCUCCACAUGCCAUCCCAGGGGUGACUCCCUGUCCUCCUCCACAUGCCAUCCCAGGGGAGACUCCCUGUCCUCUUCCACAUUACAUCCCAGGGGAGACUCCCUGUCCUCUUCCACAUUACAUCCCAGGGGAGACUCCCUGUCCUCUUCCACAUGCCAUCCCAGGGGAGACUCCCUGUCCUCUUCCACAUGCCAUCCCAGGGGAGACUCCCUGUCCUCUUCCACAUUACAUCCCAGUGGAGACUCCCUGUCCUCUUCCACAUUACAUCCCAGGGGAGACUCCCUGUCCUCUUCCACAUGCCAUCCCAGGGGAGACUCCCUGUCCUCCUCCACAUGCCAUCCCAGGGGAGACUCCCUGUCCUCCUCCACAUGCCAUCCCAGGGGAGACUCCCUGUCCUCCUCCACAUGCCAUCCCAGGGGAGACUCCCUGUCCUCCUCCACAUGCCAUCCCAGGGGAGACUCCCUGUCCUCUUCCACAUGCCAUCCCAGGGGAGACUCCCUGUCCUCUUCCACAUGCCAUCCCAGGGGAGACUCCCUGUCCUCUUCCACAUGCCAUCCCAGGGGAGACUCCCUGUCCUCUUCCACAUGCCAUCCCAGGGGAGACUCCCUGUCCUCUUCCACAUGCCAUCCCAGGGGAGACUCCCUGUCCUCUUCCACAUGCCAUCCCAGGGGAGACUCCCUGUCCUCCUCCACAUGCCAUCCCAGGGGAGACUCCCUGUCCUCUUCCACAUGCCAUCCCAGGGGAGACUCCCUGUCCUCUUCCACAUGCCAUCCCAGGGGAGACUCCCUGUCCUCUUCCACAUGCCAUCCCAGGGGAGACUCCCUGUCCUCUUCCACAUGCCAUCCCAGGGGAGACUCCCUGUCCUCUUCCACAUGCCAUCCCAGGGGAGACUCCCUGUCCUCCUCCACAUGCCAUCCCAGGGGAGACUCCCUGUCCUCCUCCACAUGCCAUCCCAGGGGAGACUCCCUGUCCUCUUCCACAUGACAUCCCAGGGGAGACUCCCUGUCCUCUUCCACAUGACAUCCCAGGGGAGACUCCCUGUCCUCUUCCACAUUACAUCCCAGGGGAGACUCUCUGUCCUCCUCCACAUGCCAUCCCAGGGGAGACUCCCUGUCCUCCUCCACAUGCCAUCCCAGGGGAGACUCCCUGUCCUCUUCCACAUGCCAUCCCAGGGGAGACUCCCUGUCCUCCUCCACAUGACAUCCCAGGGGAGACUCCCUGUCCUCCUCCACAUGCCAUCCCAGGACCAUCUUCACCUCCUCCUCUGGUGUAG